GCUUCGUUUAGCUUAUCUGAAUACCUGAAUACUACCCCUCCUCUUUACACACAGUGCGUUUACAGCUUCGUUACACAGAACUUUAUUUACUUUCCAAAUGGUGGACAGAAUGCUGUAAAAGGAAUCGUUACAAUUUUAAACAGAAACAUUAUGGAACCUCCUUUUAAAAAGGCAAAGCUUGGAGUCUCUGCAGACAUCAAGGUGCUGAUUCGUCUGGGCGAUGCAUUCACCCGCACAGAUGGAAAUACUAUUUGCCCUGUAAUUAAAGCAGAAAACUCCAUUCGGGUUCUGUGCAACUUGCGAAACAAAUUAUUCAAAGACAUCCUACGGGAAGCAUCAGAAGGUAUUGGCCUGAGACAAUUUAACAUUAACAUGAGAUCCCAAAGAUGUCACAGUGUCACAAACAGCAAUAUUUUUAUUGAGUGUGAAGUCUCACAGAAUGUCACUGAUGAUAAACUGAAGCGAUUCACGGAGCUACUGACUGAUGUGGUUAGGAAGAAGUCAGAAGUAAAGCACAUUUUGAUUGAUAAGGUGGAAGACUAUGAAAUUAUACCGCAACCUAUAAUCUCAGGUAAAACAUAAUAUUUUUUCUAGAGUGGGUUUACACUGCUUUUAUUCUUAAAAACAAAUUGUAAAAUUACAAUAAUGGUUUAAGCACUACAGAAUCUGUUGGCGGCACUAUAAAAAUGUCAAUAAUAAUAAUAACAAUAGCUGUGGUUCUUUUGUUUGUCCAAGUAUCCAGUUAAUAUGCAUUAGUUCAGUGACCAAAUUUUCAAAUUACCUCAGUGUUCUAUUAUAUAAUAUUCUACUAAAUUAAUUCUAGAUAUAUUCACAGGGCUGGCAAUGCAGUGUUGUUAAAGUAACCUGCUCAUUGUGUGUAUUUGUCUGGGGCGAGGAGAAUAUAAUAGAUCUGUAGUUCUAAUCCAGGGUUUAAAAACUACAGUUGUAAAGACUCAAUGCAAUCAGGGGAGAAAUAGUUUAUGUGCAAUGUCUGCCCUAUCUGGUAAAAUAAUACUGAAUUCUUUUUUCCUGUUUAUACCUUGUGAAACUGCGAAAGUUUAGUUCAAACAGAGAAAUUAAGAUUUGCUUAAGGAUAUGAAAAGCCAUUUGUACACUGCAUUGUUAUAUCUUGGAGAUAACAAAUAAUGACUCAGGAGAGUGAAACUGGAGAAGAACAAUUUUACACAUUUUAAAUAAAAACUGUAUUCUUAUUGGCUGUGUUUGGUAUUCUCAGCAAAUCGGUUAACAAGAAGAAUUCAAAUGCAGUUUAUUGACAUGUAAAUUCACGGAUAAAACAUAUUGCAACAAAUUUAUCACUAGAAACACAAACAAAUAUAUGUAUAGGGAUGCAACUGUGCACUCUAAUACUAUAUAUAUAUAUAUGUAUGUAUAUAUAUAAAAAUACCAGACUCUGUCACUCAACUCCCCCGAAAAUAUAUAUGAAUCAAAGUAAUAUUACCCGGGUGCCUCCAGGCCAAUAAAUAAACGCUGUCAAACAGGAGUACUCACUUGGAUUUUUCAAUAGUGUAUUUACAAAGUGUUCAUCAACCUACAUCAACGUUUCGACCCUUCCGGGUCUUUAUCAAGAUAAUAACAACGUGCAAAAUAUGCUUAUAUAUAACAAAAUAUCAAAUAUGUAACUUACCCUAUCUGUGAAGUGAUUCCCAUAACCCGUCGAGUGCUGAUCGGCCGUGCGCGUGCAUAGUGACGUUUGCGUAUGCGUGCAUGAUGGCGUGCCCCUAACGUAACCCUGUGUAAACAAUCGGUGACCAUAGAAACCAUGCGCACCUCAGUGCAUCUCGUACUGAGUGAAGGAUCUAAUACAGAGAAACGAAAUACCAUGCACGAUGGAACUAGGAUAGUAGUUAGCCCUGUGGACUAGUCCAGGGUAAAAGAGAUGCAAAGUCUAAAUACUAAUAAUAGAACAAAAAGGGUGUGGCGAAACCAACCUCGCCACUGGGCAUUGGAGAAGCCUGUUUGCCCGCCUCCUGCCGGCUGACUAUGGCCCCUGGGAGAUUUGGCCCUUUAAAUACAGUAUUUGGGCAUAUUGUAUUUUAUUAUGCUGCUGCUGGCCCUUUAAAAACUAUCUGGGGACAUACUGUGACUUUUGGGAACAAUGCCCCUUUAAGACUAUGGCCCUUGGAAGAUAUUGCCUGUUAAAGACUAUUUACGUGGCGGCAGCCAUCUUUGUUCAUUAGAACGAGGUCAGCGGUAUGUGUAGCCAAAUCCAUGGAACUGAAAUCGGCUACACAUUUUAACCAUCACCACUGACCCUUACCUUCUCCUACACUCAGUUUUCAGCUGCAGAGACUAAGUCCUGUUCAGCAGUUUGAACUCACUGCUAUACUAAGCUAAAUGAACAAACGACUUAGUCAUUUUUCUGUGUAAAAUAGACCGACCGCACAGCCCAAAUCUAUGGAACUGUUUUGGGCAGGAAAUUGUGCUUGCGGUCGGUCAUAACAAUAAGGACUCAGCAGUAGGUGUACCAGUAACACAAUAUAUACAAUAUAAAGUAUCCAUGUGUCCAAAUUAAAAGAUACAGGAUGCUGAGACUGAACAUUACCCAGCUAUAAGAAACCAAACUGGAACUAGUCGCCUAAAUGAAAAAUAAGAAAAAAUAAAUAACAAAUAACAAAUAGCAGUAAAUUGGCAAAUGUGAACUCAGCGAGUAUCCAAAAAUGAACUAAACAAAAUAUACUAGUUUAACCCUUUAGGUUGUAGGGUUUCCAAUUGUUUAAUCGAAAAGGUCUCUUUCUAGAGCAAUAAUCUGGAACGGUCCCCCCCUCUCGUUAGGGUAGGUAUCACAUCUAUAGCGAUAAACUUGAGAGUGGGUAGUCUGUGGUUAAAUGCAAGAAAAUGUUUAGCCACCGGUUUGUCUGUUUUCCCAUCCCUGAAGGCAAUCCUGUCACGAAGAGUUAGGUCUGUCUUGCCAACAUAGAAUAGUCCACAGGGGCAAGAAAUUAGAUAGAUGGCAUGGUCUGUAAGGCAUGUGAUAUGAUGUGUAAUCCUAUAUCUUUUACCGGAGUGUGGAUAUACAAAAACGAAGAGCCUGUCAACAUAUGUCCACAAGUGACGCAUCCCGUGCACCGAAAGCAACCCAUCCUAUUAGAUUUAAUCAGAACCAAAUUAUCUCUGGGUAAAUCUGUCUUCAUGAGUAGAUCUUUCAAACUCUUGUUCCUAACAUAGGCUAUCCUGGGGGGAUUAGAGAAGAUAGUGCUGAGGGUUUUAUCAGCUGAUAACAUUUCCCAUCGUUUUUUUAAUACUUCUAGAAAUAUUCUCACUUGCUGAGUGGAACUUCAUUUGGAAUGGUGAUAUGUGAGGCCUUUUUCAAAAAUCUCAUAUGCACAAUCCAGAGUUUUAUCCAAGAUAUACUUCUGAUAACCCCUUUCUAGGAAGGACUGUCGCAAUCUGUAAGUCACGAUUGGUAUCCUCCGAAUUAUUCCUCAGUACCCUCAGGAACUGAGAGAUCGGUAAAGAGUUCUUUAAUGCAGGAGGAUGAAAACUAGUAAAAUACAAUAACACUUUUCGAUCAGCAGGUUUCUUAUUAAGGCAAUAGUCAAUCUUGACAUUACACCUGUACACCUCCACAUCCAGCUUCAACUGAGACUCAAAUAUAUUGGAGAUUUAUCAUUAUUGAUUGCUUCAAUCAUAGACUUCUUUAUGCAUUCUGACACUUCUACACUCACUUUUGCACUCACACAUUCUAUGCCUCAGAACCCUUUUUGUUCUAUUAUUAGUAUUUAGACUUUGCAUCUCUUUUACCCUGGACUAGUCCACAGGGCUAACUACUAUCCUAGUUCCAUCGUGCAUGGUAUUUCGUUUCUCUGUAUUAGAUCCUUCAUUCAGUACGAGAUGCACUGAGGUGCGCGUGGUUUCUAUGGUCACCGAUUGUUUACACAGGGUCACGUUAGGGGCACGCCAUCAUGCACGCAUGCGCAAACGUCACUAUGCACGCGCACGGCCGAUCAGCACUCGACGGGUUAUGGGAAUCACUUCACAGAUAGGGUAAGUUACAUAUUUGAUAUUUUGUUAUAUAUAAGCAUAUUUUGCACGUUGUUAUCAUCUUGAUAAAGACCCGGAAGGUUCGAAACGUUGAUGUAGGUUGAUGAACACUUUGUAAAUACACUAUUGAAAAAUCCAAGUGAGUGCUCCUGUUUGACAGCGUUUAUAUAUAUAUAUAUGUCUUGGCCUGUAAUUGUGGGAGGCACUAUGAUCCCUAUUUAAACCCAGUAAGCCCCUGCUGAUUUAGAUACCAAAGAAAACUUUGAUUAUUUGUCUAUCUACUCCUUUCUAAAUUGAUUGUGCGCAUGUCUUCUGGAAGUAAAUCACACCGGACACAUUGCAGGUUUAUGAAGAACUCCAGAUUGGCCUUUAUUCCAGGGGGUGCAAUUUCCCUUUUAAAGCAGAAAUACGUCAUGUACAGAGUCACAGUUAACAUACAGUAUACAUUCAUCAAUUGGUUAACAGUCUAAGGGGUCUUGUCUAAACCCCCCCCUACAGGAUGUAGUGUCGUCAUUACAGACUUCUCCCACCCAUAUUUCGGCUCCAUCUUGGUUACACAAUGGGAGGGGGGAAGUGAGUAGUAGUUACUUUAACAGUGAUUCUCUAUUUUGUUACAUGUGGCACAUAGCUGUUACUUUGUACAAAGGAAGUGGGGGAGGAGUUUAAUAAAGGAAGCUGUUCUUUUAACAUAGGAAUUUGUUACAUGAGGCUUGCUCGAUGGGAAGUGGGGAGGCUAGCAGGAUGGGAGGAAUUUGCAGAGAAAAUACUGACUGAACACAUUGUGGGAGGGGGGGAAUAUUUACUCUAGCAGCCAGUUUUAACAUAGUGAACACAGAAUAAAUAGACAUUAGUAAAUAGCCAUUUUAUUUUAAUUCUUCUGUUCAUAACACUGCUUACCUGUUGUCGACGAUCUCGGAAGUAAUGCUGUUUACUUCCGGUUCACAGUGACAUAAUUUGCCCGCCCGCUGGCAGUCCGUCUUUCAAAUACUCUCGCUGCCUACUGAGUUCGUGAGUAUAACUAUACAGCCAGCAAACAAACGGCUACACCGUAAGUGAUACUCGAUCAGUAAUACGUUUCCCUAUACUCAUUUUCAAUCACACUUGCGUCUUAAACUUUCAUUCUUCUAGGACACUCACGUUAUCGUUCGUUUACUUACCUCUGCAAUUCAUAUAGUCUGACUUUCAUUUAAAUGUCGCAUAUUUAGUCGCCCUUUCUCCUAAAUUCCUAUGAUUAUUACUACUUUACAUGACAACCGUUUGUGAGUAAACACGAUCAGGCCUCCUUUCGGUAUUUUGUGUAAAUGUCCGUGUAUUCCAUAUGCACCUUCGUUUCGCUCUGCAUAAAAGAGAAGAUAAGUUUGUUUAUCAGCAUGUCUUCAUGGUAUUUAAAUACAGUUCUUGUUAAAUUUCAGGGGGAUUUUUACAAGUAUUUCAUCUUAUAUAUGGUGUAGCAAUUGUUUGCAACUGUAUCCCCCUGACAGAUUAAGUUGCCGUAAUGAAAGCAUGCCCACACACUCUCCAUGCUCUAGCAUACACAUUAUACAGCGGAAGCUGUUCGCUUUUGAUAUUAUCUGAUAGUAUGUAACGACAUUAGUGUCAAAGUUUCUUCAUUUGGCCGUCCAUAAGGUUUGUACUAUCGUCUUCAUCUAAUGUGUUUAUUCUUAGAACAAUUAUAUAUAUAUAUAUAUAUAUAUAUAUAUGCCUGUAAUAUACACUAAUCUGUCUGGGGAGUAUAACUAAACAGCUAACGAACUAAUGGCUACACCAUAAGUUAUACUUGGUCAUGCGCACGUUUCCCUAUACUUGUCUUCAUUCACAUCUUCGUCUAAAACUUUCUUCCAAAUUUCUACAUCACUCACUUUAAUCAUUCAUUUAUGUACCACGGCAAUUCGUGCGGUCUGGCUUUCAGUUAACUGUCAUCAGCACAGUACCACUCAUGUAAGUUUAGUUGUCCGUUCGCCUAAAUUUCGAUGCUUACUUCUCCUAUACAGAUCCGUCUUUAUUUAAAAAUUUUUUUUUUUUUUUAAAAAAAAAAAAGCAUUUUCAUUGUAUUUAUGUCUAAAUUGAAACGAACAGAAAUAUCCUAAUCAGGAUGUUUUAGAGCAAUUAAGGUCAUACAUUCACUGUGUGUUAGUUUCCUUAAAACAUAGCUAAAGUGUUUUAUUGGUAUAUAUAAGCUUGUUAAAUAGGAUUUUAUUUACGCUCCACUUCUGUCUCCUGCAUCUCAUGUUACAGGCUUGGCCUGUAAUUAUGGGAGGCACUAUGAUCCCUAUUUAAACCCAGUAAGCCCCUGCUUACCUGUCGUCGACGAUCUCAGAAGUGACCCUCCCACGGCACCCUUUAUUCUCAUGUCACCUAGGUGGGCCCUCUUUUACAGGUCUAACCUCACGUCAGUUUCUGCACACCUCAACUGACUUUGCUCUUACUACUACUGCUUCUUUUAUUAUUGUUCCAUAUGUCCUUGGAAUGUGCCGUACACAAAUAUAUAUAUAUAUAUAUAUAUAGAUAUAUAUAUAUAUAUAUAUAUAUAUAUAUACACACACAUAUAUAUAUUUACACAUAUAUAUAUAUAUAUAUAUAUAUAUACACAUAUGUAUAUGGGAUGCACUCAAGGGUCUUCCAAAAAACAUGAAAGUGUAUGAUAAAUCAUUAAAAAAGUUACAUAAGUGUCUGAUCGAUGUUUCGGUACAUUUGGGCCUUUCUUAAGAUCUCAAGGUGGGCCAAAACAUCGAUCAGACACUUAUGUUACUUUUUUGAUGAUUUAUUAAAGACUUUCUUGUUUUUGGAAAAACCUCUGAGACCCUUCAUUAGCCUUCAUAUAUUUAAUACGGGAAUUUGGCACCUAGGAAGAAUCCAUUUAUAUUUUUCAGUCAGGGUGAGUGCCAAGGGAUCUGGGAUGUGUAUAUAUAUAUAUGUGCUCAGGGCUCAGAAGCCGUAAUUAAAUCAAAUUAAGGUGGUAAUUAAAGUCCCAAUAUGUACAGUAUAGAAAGUUGUGGUGUGCCGGAACCGAAGAUGCAGUAGGCCUGUAAUAAAGAGGGCAAAAAUGAUUAUACCAAACAGGAUUUAUACAGCCUACAAUAACAAGCAUAUACCUUCUAUUACAUAUUCAUAUUACAGAAAGCUUUGAGUAUUUCCCUCAUGAGUUGAGGUAUGUAUCUGGCAUAAGCAGACGAUUUCCAUCAUUCUCUAGUGGUUAUGGGGCUUGGAGUGUUCCUUUAACCACAGCAUCCAGCUAUAAAACAGGUGGGUGGAGUUUUAACAGAAACUAGCAACAAAGUUUAACCCCUUAAGAUCGGAGGGCGUACUAUUACGCCCUAUUCUAAGCGUCUCUAAACGCUGCCGGGCGUAAUAGUACGCCCUCCGGUCUUUUCCUACUUACCCGGUUCCUACUUAUCGCGGUUCGGGGGACUCCCAGGGAGUACAACAGUACCCCUCAUGUACAGGUUUUAUGGUGUUUUCAAAAGUUACAGCAUCAAAUAUAAGGCUUGCGUUUCAUUUUUUUCACAUUAAAAUUCGCCAGAUUGGUUGCGUUGCCUUUGAGACCCUAUGGUAGCCCAAGAAUGAAAAUUACCCCUAUGAUGGCAUACCAUUUGCAAUAGUAGACAACCCAAGGUAUUGCAAACGGGGUAUGUCCAGUCUUUUUUAGUAGCCACUUAGUCACAAACACUGGCCAAAAUUGGCGUUUUUUGCAUUUUUCACACACAAACAAAUACUAACGCUAACUUUGGCCAGUGUUUGUGACCAAAUGGCUACUAAAAAAGACUGGACAUACCCCAUUUGCAAUACCUUGGGUUGUCUACUAUUGCAAAUGGUAUGCCAUUAUAGUGUAAAUUUCAUUCCUGGGCUACUAUACAAGUCUCAAAGGCAACGUAACCAAUCUGGCGAAUUUCAAUUUCAAAUGUAACAUGCUAUAUUUGACCCUGUAACUUCCCAAAACGCCAUAAAACCUGUACAUAGGGGGUACUGUUUUACACGUGAGACUUUGCUGAAUACAAAUAUGUGUAUUUUAUUGCAGUAAAAGCAAACAGUAUUAUGACAUUGACAGUUAAAAUGUCAUGUAGAACAAAAAAAAAUAACAUUUCUUAUUUUCUCCCAUUUUUUCAUAUUAAAUUAUGUUUCAUAGCUAAAUAUGUGAUAUUAAAUGAAAGCCCUGUUUCCCCUGAAUAAAAUGAUAUAUAAUAAGGGUGGGUGCAUUUAAUAUGAAAGAGGUGAAUUACGGUUGGACAGACAUGUAGCGCAAAUGCCAGGUUUUGUUUACAUUUUGUUUUGUUCACAACGUGUACAUUUGGCUCCGUCCUUAAGGGGUUAAUAAUGGCAGUGCCAAUAAAGACCAAGAGAUACUAUCCACUUCCUUUUCAAAUGGCUUUGAUUCUUACAUACCUAUUAUGGAAACCAUGUAAGAAUAAAUAGAAAUACAUUUUAUUUAUACAGCGUACCAGCAAAAAUCACAGCAAAUAUAGAGAUUUUAUUUUAAGGUUUAUAUUUAGUGGUAUAUGCUGAUAUUGGAGCGUGUAGAGAAGGAGAACCAUCCUACAGGUGGUUCUCCUGCCCUCCAUCAAAAUGCUUUUCUUUCAGAUGGAGCUUCUUGCGCUUGCUAGCGGAAUUAGGUGUGGAGCCAGCAUUUGGGCAUCAUGGGGUAAGAUUCCUCAGGUGAAGAAGUGUCAGGAAGGAGAUAUUAACAGCUUCUAAAUCAGAUAAAAAUAUAAUUAAGAAUUAUGAUAAAUAUUAAUUUACCUAUUUUUGAGCUGUAAUAUGUUUAACAGUAACAAUUUUUCCCCCAAUUUUUCUAUAGAAACAGACAUUGAGUUAUACAAGCUUGAGUUGUGCUAUAAAGCUCUUUGCGAUAUCCCAGAAGACAGAAAACAAGAUGCAUUAAACAUUGCUAAGAAAACUAUCAGCAAUACUAUAGAAGAUCUAAAAGACCAUUACACAAAAAUUGCCGUCUUAUCACAGAAUGGUAAGUUUUUUUGUAAUAUUUUUUUGUAAGAAAGGAAGCACACAUUGUGUAUCAUUAUUUGUCUUUACUGACUCCCAUUCCAGCAAAGUGGAUUGUUAACACACAAACUUGUUAUUUCUAGCUCUAGAAUGUUCCAUUGUUAGUUUAGCUUUUUGGAACCCCCUUGCACUAAAAAAACUAAGUUACUUACUCUAGAGGUAGGUGGUCUAAUUGCAGCUUAGUUCCUUCCUCAUCCAGAGGUCAUGGAGAAGUAUUGCUGUCACAUGGGGCAUGCACAACAACCUCUACUCUCUGCCAAGAGAACAUAUCUCAUAUAGUAACAUUAAAACUAUUGCUUCUUUAUGAGCUUUAUUAUUAUUAUUAUUAUUAUUAUUAUGUUAUUUAUAUACCGCCAUCAAAUUCCGCAGUGCUUUACAAUGGGUGGACGAACAGACAUGUAGUUGUAACCAGACAAGUUGGACACACAGGAACAGAGGGGUUGAGGGCCCUGCUCAAUGAGCUUACAUGCUAAAGGGAGUGGGGUAAAGUGACACAAAAGAUAAGGAUAGUAUUAGACUAGUGACAGUUGCAGAAGAGGAAUCAUUCGGGAGCUAUUAACAGUUUAAUUGAUACGCUUUUAUGAAGUGGGUUUUAAACGAUUUUUUGAAGGAGUGGAGACUGGGUGGGCAUCUAAUGGAGGAGGGAAGCGAGUUCCACAGGAACGGUGCAGCCCUCAAGAAAUCUUAAAGGCGAGCAUCAGAGGUGGGAGUAUGGACAGAAGAUAGAUCGUAAGGGCCCAGACGGGACAUACUUGUGUAUAAGGGAGGAUAGAUAGGUGGGAGCAGCAUUAUGUAGAGAUUUGAAAGCAAGAACCAGAAUUUUAAAUUGAGCUCUAUAUUUUAUAGGAAGCCAAUGUAGGGACUGAAAGAAGGGUGAGGUGUGGGAGGUGCAGGCGGACAGGAAGAUGAGCCUCGCCCCCACAUUCAUUAUGGACUGUAAUGGCGCAAGUUGGGAACACGUAAGACCACUGGGAAGCGGAUUACAGUAGUCAAGGCGAGAAAGGACAGUAGAAUGGACCAGCACCUAAGUCGCAUCUGGCGUUAAGUGCGCAAAAUGGUUUUGAGAUGGAAAUGACAGGAUUUGGCGAUAGACUGAACAUGAGGCUUGCAGGAGAGGGGGCAUAUUCUUAACCCAUAAAACUCUUCAGCAAGCAAAAGUGCUUUAGAGGUUUGGAGUAUCUAUUUAACAUAUUUUUAAACUAAUCCCAGCAAUUAACAAAAUAUAUGGAACGCAUCAUCAGUCAUGCAAACAUUUGUAAAUCUUGGUUUGUUUGUUUGUUUGUUUGUUAAUAUUUAUUGAUUUAUUUAUUUUAGGGAAAGGUAAAAGCUUCUUUCUGAAUUUGCUCUUUCUGAUGACAAGUGACAAUGAAGAAGAAUACAAAGAAAACAACAAGAACCUCAAACAACCACAGGUUUGAUUUAUUAUAGUACAAUUAAAUGUAUACAUUAUUUUAACAAUUGUAAAUGAAAUUCAAAUAUUGCAAAAAAAAAUUUGUAAUUGCUGUCCUUACAGCAUAGCAGGUGCUACCAUUAGAGUAUGUAUAAAAACAAAACAGCAAAAAGGAGUGUGGUGCACCUUAACCGGUAAAUAUAUAGUGUGUAGAAUCACCAAAAUUAAAAAUUACAUAAGUUAAAACAUUCCUCUGAGUCAGAAUAUAAAUUGCUGCGAUCCCAAUAUAAAUAGAAUCUUCCUAGUAUUUAAUCACUUAAAUAAAAAUAAAUAAAAACAACAUAGUGUAAAACCACACACAAAUUAGAAUUAAAAUAAGGGAUAAUAAUUGCAUUCACAAAUAUAAAGUUCAAAAAGGCUCAUCAGAAGGUGCCCUUCUACCACAUGCAUCAAUGGUGUCCCAGCGCAGAUCCCAGUUUGAGUCCUCCUUGGUGGAUGGAAAAUCAGAGUCAACAGGGUGCUUGUUCUCCCCCAGUUGAAAUGACAGAGGUUCAGGCUGCAGGAUACCACCGAGAUAGCUUGUGUACCGACCGGUUUCGUCUCUAGGACUUUAUCAAGGUAUCCGAUUUACCUUGAUAAAGUCCUAAACACACAACACAGCCUCACCAUAAACAUAACACACACACACAUUAAGGUCACAAGCACAAAACAUACACACAAAACACUGCAAGCAGCUCCCCACACACUAGCUCCCAGAUACAAAUACACAUGCGGUAAAGAGGGCCCACCAAGGAGUAAAGAAAAGGAAAAUAGGGAAAGAAAUGAGGAAAAAUGUAUUGAGUAUGUGGAGUUGUGGGAGGGUCAUUCAAACAGUGACCUUGAACGGUAUGGAGCAAGGUAAGGGAUGCCCCUUAAGUAGGUAAGUAAAAUAAUAAGCCCCUCCCACAAAUACAGGCCAAACGGCCGUAAUACUUGGGGGCAAAUAGCCGUAUAAGGAGUAAGGACCAGUAUAAGCGUAGGAUAGUAUUAAAUAGCAAGUCUGUUGUGGUGUGCCGGAACCAACGAUGCAGUAGGCCUGUAAAUAAAGAGGGCAAAAAGUGAUCAAUCAAAUUAACCAGACAUUUCCUUAAAUGCAUUGCGUAUCUCUUGUACUGGUUUGAGUAUGUACCGUGUAUAAGCAGAGGAUUUCCACCGUCCCAAGAGAGAGACAAUUUGUGGGAAACGUCUAUGUUACGUAUUCUGAAACGCAAUUAAUUUACAGCAUUGUUUUCUCGUCUGUCACGUCAUUUCAUUUGGUGAAUGACUUCCUAAAUGUUUUUCUGCACAAUCAAAGUGUUUAUUUCUAUUUUCUUUAAAUAAUGCGAUAUCUAUGUCUGAAAUACAUUUAAACACUACUCUCCAGGACAUCCUAAAUGCUCUGAUUGUGGUGUUUUUUUUCACAAUCCGCCUAUUAGUGAAGGGGCUAAAAGUGGAUUGAUAAAUUGGAGAAAUCAUUUUAUUUUGUAUUGGGGUACUGGGGAAUUGUUAUUGUUUGGUAGUGAAUGAUGUCUCUAAUGAUAAUAUACUCUGGGUAUGGCUUGGGAAUUUGGAAUCUUCAGCCAACUGGAAAUAGUUUUGGGUGGUAGACAGUAGCAUGUACACUUCCCCAAAGAGUGGAGACUGGGAAAGUGGGCAUUGUGUUCCCGCUAGUAUAAAAUGAGAAGCCCAAUCCACUGACCAUGGGUGGGGCAGUGGGGGAAAUUAGGAGGUACCCAUUCUUUUUUUUAAAUAGUUCCACCUCUUAGCCAGGAGUAGGGGCAUGGGUAGAUAGUGGUCUGUCUACCCCAUUAUUUAAUUUAACUCCCCCCUCCCCCGAUAUUUUACAUUGGCUCAUGGCAUGGGGCUUUUUUUAGUGACUGGCCGUAACUGACCCCCACCAGGCAGUGAGCCAGCUGCCUUGUUAUUGAGGCAGUUGGCUCACAAAUGCAGGCCAGCUGCCACAUAACUGACCACCUGGUAUCAAGGUUUUUAACUAUUUGCCCACCAGCUGCUAGCACUGCCAGCAUGAAAAUAGUUUGGAUUAUCUUGCAUUUCUCCCUCUCUUCUUGGUCCACAAAAUACUGAUGUAAACACAGCAGAUAUCUGGCAAUUUAGUCAAGACUAUCCCUUCAGUUGUGAAUCAGUCACCUGGAAAAUUAAAUUGUCUCUUUAAUACUGCAUGUUGGUGUAGGAACACCUGCAUCUAGAGGAAUCAGUGGGGAUGGCAUCAAGACACCUAGCAGUAUGCAUAGACUAUUUUGAAUUACCUUUCUAGAAACUAUAAUUAUCCUCUCUGGAAAUAUCUAAUUAUCAGCAAUGCAAUGAUUUAAGGAAAGUAGUGUGUUUCUUUUAAUUACAUACUGUGGCUGGUGCAAUAUCGUUUGCUAUACUUGACUCGAUGUUUGACCAGAUGUUUGCACCAAAUAAAUAUCACACAAUUUGCUGUAUCUUUGAAAAAAAAAAAAUAUAUAUGUAGAAAGGCCAUUAGGCCUGAAUUUGUGGGAGGAGUAAGUCCCCUACUUAAGCUCCCAGCCCCUACUCACCGCUGCCGCUCAGCUGAUUGUCCAGCACUUCCGGUCCAGCUUCCCGCCAGAACUGUACCUGUUUCCAGCAGCCAGACGCCCUGUGCAAUCCUCCGUCCGUCCGAGGUCCUUCCACUCCGUUUCCCUCCGGUCGAGGUACCCGACUUCCGGUCACGAGACCGGCGCGUUCACGUAAGCAAGGCGUGGGAAUUAGCGUUCGCUAUUUCCCCGCCGUUCGGGCCUAAAAACGUAGGGGUAGGCUCCCUCUUUCGCAUUUUCACGAAUACACGCUUUCGUUAAUAUCUCCAUUCGCGCCAAAAAACGCACGAACGUUCGGCUCAUUUCGCUAUCAUUUUAUGCUUUUUCGUACGGAAACAACCGAAUAAAUAUUUCAUGUUUAAGCUCAUUAUUAUCUGUAUUCACUUUUCCGUUCGGUUAUUUCAGCACCAACCUAUUCGUAUGGUCAAAUUCACGUACACCAUCUUACUAAUUUACAUUCGGUUAUUUCUAUUCUUUUAAGCUAAGCUUGCAUAAGUUCUAAUCACAGUCCUACUAUUAUUUAUUCCUUCAUAUGAGUUUGCGGUUACAUUAUAUGGUUAACUACCAGCCCUGUGUUUUUCUACCUUGUUAAACCAUUUAAAGUAUUUUUCUGUAAUAAACAUAAUGUUCACCACGAUUCAUAACUUCAUACGUGUCUAAAUUCAAGCUAUACCAUUCUUUCCUAAUAACACUCAGAUAAGUCUUUUUAAACACUAUUUACAAGUUAUACCCUUUACACAUAAUCCGUACUAUUCCUUGCACAUAAAUCACGCUGUCACAUCUUUUGGCUUUUACAGAUUGCAUCGGUCUCUUGCUUUUCUGCAUUAAAAGUUGUUAUUUCAAGGUCCUUUUAUUACAGGAACAGGUAUGGUUUUUUAUCACCUUGAGUUAUCAGGUUUUAUCAAUUAUCUCCACAUCUAUUGCUAACUAUGGAAUUUGUCUUGGUUAAACCCUUAGAUCCUGUAUUAAUCUAAGCUUCCACCGUUUCUACGCAGUUAACCUGCCACGAUUAAACAAUCUCUGUACUUUAAACAAAGGUAUAGUUCACUCUCUUUUCAAUACUAGACCUCACGCGGUCUCAACUCCAUUACUACCUUCCCUCAGGCUUACGCCCAGGAUACGUUAUCUCUUUACUACUUGUCUACACAGACUUUCGGUCAUACGGCCACCAGGCUCAAGAAGACACCAAAAACCUGACACGGUACUCAGCCAUACCUUCAGGUACUUACAUCCUUACUCAAGUACGUCCAUUCGCUACCCCAAGGCCUCAUUCUGCCUUCUCACUCAUAUCCAAAAUCAUCCCAUUCCUACACCUAAACCUCCCAGAUCCCUCAAUGCAGGAUCUCACGUCGUGCCCCUUACAAACCUUCUCCCUAUACUAUUCAUACGACAUCACGAUACGUAUAAACACAUCAACAUCUGUCUUAAACCCCCAGGAUUCUUCCUCAAAGACAACAUUUAAGACAAAACUCUCUACACUUACCAGGAGGCUCCAGAUACCAUUUGCGACCAGUCAAGGUUAGUAUCCACACACCAUUCCAGUCCUCUAACUUUACCCUUUAGCAUACUAUCGAACUGGCUAUACGGCACAGGCUAAUGCCUUAGCCCACCCUAUCAGGAAAUCUGAUCCCGCGAGGCCUACCACCCCCACCCCACCUCAACACGGAGGUACGGCCCCACGCCCAAAUCAUAGUUAUAAGCCUCGCAUGCCUUACUACAGGGCUCUAGUUAGGGCCUCACCUGUCACGGCCACACGUUUUGAUUUCUCUUAUCGUCACCGAGAGGCCAACAUCCCGCCACCACGUCUGUGGCACCUACGUCAUAAGCCAAAUCAUAGGUAGAGCCUCUCAUCGCCACUUGGCAUUAGCAGGGCCUCACCUAUCCAGUCAUUCAACAGUUAAGUUUUUCGCCUCGGCAUCUAGCAUUAAAGUCCAGUUCUUCAAGACACACCACUCCCCAUACCCCCCCCCUUCUUACCUCACUCCCCUUCUAAUAUAUCUUUCACAUAAUCAUUCCUUUUUAGAAUGUCCCAAGAACCAAUUCCAACCGAAGAACUGACAGAAGAAGCACCAUUCACGCCAAUCAGACCCGUGUCUCCAGGCGAAUCACUCACUCUUUCAACCCCCACGUCCUUGAGAGCAUGGACUAUUCCCAAAAUCACAGCCGAGCUUAGGCUCAGGGGAAUCCCCUUUCCGGCCACAGCUAGAAAGGCAGAACUUUACAGGCUGCUUACCCACCAAGUCCCCGAGCCUCGGCCGGGAACUAGCUCUCAAGGACAACCACCAAGUAACAGCACGGCCACCCAGGAUACCCUGGCAGAUAUCUUGGCCAAUCUACAGGCCCUCAAUAGCAGGCUGUCUAAGGUGGAGAGCGCCAUCUCCUCCUCAGGUACUAACACCGUAGUCCCAGUCUCUACCACGGCUGUACCUGCCAUACCUUCAUGUCCCUCUAUACUCCCCCCUCCAGCACCUGGCACAGCCAUCACACCUUUCGAGUCACCAGCACACUCCGUCCCAGAUUCUAUCAGGAAAGAUAUCCUUGACGGGAAGGAUGUGUGUCUGGUGUCUUUACUCAUAGCCUCUCAGGAUGUACUCGAGAACAAGGCAUACAAUUAUGGUGACAUCUCUGUUGUGCUUAAAACGAGGGAUCCCAGGCUUAAUAAAAAAUUGUCUAUCCCACAGUUUGUGAUAGCUUUCGGGAUAUACCGCGACGUCAUUUGCACGGUGUAUCCCCAUAGGAGAGAAGAGCUAGAUCUCUAUCUCCACAAGGUAGUGGAUCUAGGCAUCAAGUACGGGGGCUCUUCCUUCUAUGACUACCACAAGUCAGUCUCAGCGAAGGCGGCGACCCAUCUCAAGCAGUUCAACAUUAGAAUGAACUGGGGUCAGAUGGACACUGAACUUUUCUGUCGCCACUUCGCCGGACUCAGGCCCCCGGCUUGUGCCAUCUGUAAUUCCACAUCCCACAUGGCGGACUUAUGUCCCGUCGAACCAGAUCCCACCACCUCCACUCUCACCCCUCACCCCACGUUCACACCUCACUCCUCUUUCACCCCUCACAACAAGCCAGCGGGUGGUCUCCGGGAUAAGCUGGGUAGGCCCAUCUCCUUUUUAGGUAAAGCACAGGUGUGCAAUAAUUUCAACUCAGGCUCCUGCAGUUUCAGCGCCUGUAGAUUAUUGCACAUCUGCUCCAUAUGUUUCAGGGCACAUACCAAGACCAUGUGUCCAGCCAGGUUGUCACCAAACAAAUGACUAACCGACAUAAAUAUCGACAACCUGGUUUUUUAUCUAAGGUGUCACCCCAGCAGGCACUUAGUGGAUUUUCUCACCACAGGUUUCUCACAAGGGUUUCACACAGGCAUAAUAGCCAUUCCCCCAGGUACACUAGAAUGUCCUAAUCUCCAGUCUGCACGUUUAGACCCAGUCGCUGUAGACACUCUCAUUUCCGCAGAAACCACAAACGGUUUCAUGAUCGGUCCUUUCACCUCUUCACCGUUUUCCUCCUGGCGCACUAACCCUAUUGGUAUUGCUAUUCACAAAUAUUCUAAUAAAAAACGUCUCAUUAUCGAUUUAUCGGCACCGCACUCCUCUUUUGUUCCAAGCAUAAACGCACUCAUUCCAGCAGACGAAUUCUCUCUGCAGUACGUCACCAUCGACGACGCCAUACAGUCCAUCAUGACAUCUGGUAAUCGACCCUGGCUCAGCAAAACAGACAUCACUAACGCCUUUAAAUUACUGCCCAUACACCCCUCACUCUGGCACUUACACGGUGUUAAAUGGCGAGGGUAUUAUUACUUCUCAACACGACUCACUUUUGGUUCCCGAAGCAGCCCCAAACUUUUCGACAUUUUCGCAGAGUCACUAUGCUGGCUGCUUCUGAACGUCAUCAGGUGUCACUCCGUUAUUCACUAUCUAGAUGACUUUCUACUGAUAGAGCCAGGGUCAUCAACACCCACAGCAAUCAAUAGUACUACCGCACUUUUUUCCACACUUGGAGUCCCUUUGUCCCCAGCCAAAACUAUAGGACCCACAACAAAGUUGACCUUUUUAGGCAUAGAGCUCGAUUCUGUCAAACUCAGAGCUAGCCUUCCACACGACAAACUUUCACGAUUGAGAGGGGAGAUAGACACGUUCCUGCGGAAUGACGUUUGCACCAGGAGAGAACUUCAGUCCCUUCUUGGAUCUCUGAACUUCGCCAUGCGCAUCAUUCCGCAGGGAAGGUCUUUUAUUUUCAGACUUCUUUGCCUGCUCCAUGGAGUCUCGGACUCCGGCACAGUUUCUUUGGACCCCCACGCCAAGGCUGACUUGGCUAUGUGGGGGAAGUUUUUGAAAGACUGGAAUGGUAUCUCCAUGUUUAUCCCCCCUCUCUCCACCUCUUCACCCAUCAUCCACACGACGCAGCAGCCAACACCGGUUUCGCAGCCAUUUUCGGGAACCACUGGUUUAGGGGCCACUGGCCCACUGAGACGGAUGCCUUGCCAGGAUUCAGGGAGACCUCAACCCUAUUUGAAAUUUACCCCAUUGUGGCGGCCGCACACACCUGGGGUCAUCUCUGGUCCGGCAAGGCAGUAAAAUGCUACUCAGAUAACUCGGCAGCUUGCGAUAUUAUUAACAAAGGGCGCUCAUCAUCCCUGACCAUCAUGCGGCUGAUUCGCAAGUUGACCUGGCUGGCAGCAUCCAAUCAGUUUCACUUAGUAUGUUCUCACAUCCCGGGUAUUCACAACACCGCCGCUGACGCUCUUUCUCGUUCUCGAUUCCAGGCAUUUUCUCAGGCACUCCCAGCAGCUCACCAUCAGCCAUCCAGGACACCACGGUUUCACGAACUAAUAUUGGAUUAAGCACACUCUUGCUUCACGCUAGAUCACUCACUCACCAAGCAUUAUCACCCAACACUGCUAUCACUUACAAUAGGGCACUUAACAUAUUUAACAAAUUCACUGCAGAAUUCGGGCUACAAGGUGACUUUUCUAUCCAAACCAUGGUGUCUUUUGCCUCUUUCUGCCACCUACACCUUAAUCUGUCACACAACACCAUUAAACUUUACCUCACCGGGGUUCAGCACCACAGCCUCACCAAUUUUCCUAACAGCACCCCCUUUUUGUCUUCAUACCCCAUAAAAAAGGUCUUGAAAGGUAUAUCAAAGGUUUCACCACCACUCGCAAGCACUAGAUUACCCAUAGACGGGCCUAUCUUCAGGUCUCUUAGCAAUCUCCUUGACACAGCCCCAUUUGAUAGCUACACCAAUACGGUGAUAAAAUCUGCCAUAUAUCUCGCUUUCUACGGUUUUCUCAGACCUAGAGAGUUCACAGUGAUUUGUCAAGGAGAUAUCGCACGAUGCCUUAAAACUUCACACCUCACCAAGGUAGAGGAUCACUACCUCCUUUCUAUCCCUACCACUAAAACCAACCGGUCAAUACAUCCUACAAUAAUUCCUCUCUUCCCUACUGAUAAUGCCUGGUGUCCGGUGAAAGUUCUCGACCAACUACGGUCAACUUUUCGCACUCACCUGCCAGACUCUCCGCUCUUAACAUUACAAGGGCACCCGCUUACCACGGCAAAAUUGAUGUCACAUGUCAGAACCCUGUUAUCUAAGCUCGGACACAAUCCGGCUGCAUUCUCCGGGCACUCCUUCCGCAUAGGAGCCGCCUCAGCAGCCUCAAGCACAAACGCACCGGUCCACAUCAUCAAAAGGCUCGGGCGAUGGAAAUCCUCCAUAUAUAACGCAUAUAUUCCGCAACCAGAGAAAGAGCUUCGCCAAGCUUUCAGAAACUUGGUCUUGUAAAAUGCAAUAAAGUGUGUAUUUUCUCGAAUUUAUCUUUUUGCCCUCUUUUAUUUACAGGCCCACUCGUACGUUGGUUUCGGCACACCACAACCAACUUUGCUCACAGUUACUAUCCAUCACGUAUUUAAAUUCCGAGCACAAGUAGAAAGGCCAUUAGGCCUGAAUUUGUGGGAGGAGUAAGUCCCCUACUUAAGCUCCCAGCCCCUACUCACCGCUGCCGCUCAGCUGAUUGUCCCCACCCACCUACACCCUGUUUUAACUACAUUAUCCUUGGUGGGCCCUCUUUUAUUUACAGGCCCACUCGUACGUUGGUUUCGGCACACCACAACCAACUUUGCUCACAGUUACUAUCCAUCACGUAUUUAAAUUCCGAGCACAAAUAUGUAUAUAUAUAUAUCCCCAUAAUUGGUAAGUUAACAAAAAUAAGACACUAGUUGUACUAAUUGCAGAUGCUGAGCUCAAUACUAUUAACCUCUUCACUUCUGAGCUAUUUUUGAAGAAACAAGAAAUAAUUAAAUAAUAAUUAAAGAGGUCAUUUUCCCCUACAUUUAAUUUAAUACAUUUUUGUGAGGUCUGAAAAAUAAAAUUAAAUGUAAAAAUCUACACUGCUUUUUCCUGGUGCAAUAUGCCUCCAUCUUGAUUUGCUGACAUCCUUGUUACAAGUUUCCCCAAUUCUGGAAAAAAAGAGAAAGACAACCAGCAGUGGGAACAGUAGGCAGAACAAGGGUCUCUUACCUUUGUUGAAUCUUGCACGAGCACGUCCACAGCCACCACGGUCCCUGUCUAAGCCUCUAGAGUAGUGGAAUUGCUGCCUGGUACCCACUUCUGGGUAGAAGGGCUGCGGUUGCGAAGUACAGGAGCCUGAUGGCCAUGAGCUGCUGGCGGCACUGCCUCUUUGCUGACCAGCUCUACCAAAAAUACCUUGGGAGGUGUUGCCUCACAAAACCUUCCUCAUCGAAGAUUGUACCUCAGUCAAUGACGCAAAUAUGUACACUUGCUUGUUUACUUCUUUCAUGAACACCUCUUCGACCAGUUUGCCUUGUGUCUGUGGACCUAAUUCUUUGGCCCCAAGACCCACUAAUUUCCCAUCGAUGUGGAACAGUGCUGCCCAGCACCUCUCAAAAGAGAGUGCCACAUUAGCACUGCUCAAGAAGCAGAAGCAACAGUGGGCCCAUUCCCAUAUGUUGUGUGCCCAUUUAUGCAUCCACCAAGUACAUAACAUGGGCAAGUGACCCAAUUGUAUCCAGGCACUUGUUCUGUGUUCCGAAGCCUGUUUGACUCCUUUACGUGGAUCUCUGCCACCAUGAGCCAUAAAAGCCAGCAUGAGUUGGUCGAAUUCGGGUGUAUAGGUGACCUUGUCCAGCAUCGAAGUCGGUCGUUUAUGGACUUAAAAAUAGGGCCUUUUGGGAGGCACGUUGUAGGUACUGUAAUUGUUUGAUUUCAAAGAAGGGGUUUUAGUGUCUGCAACCCCUGGUGCUAAACUACUGUCUACUGUUAAACCAUUUUAAUGGUUUAAAGUUAAAUCAGCCUCCCAGCAGCCAAUCUCUGCUGUGCUUCUCAGGCUAAUGAGGAAGCAUUGCACAGUUUUUGGACAUUUAAAUGCUCCUUUGCUGUACACAUUUCAUUAUGAAGUAGUUUCUGUCAUUUUAGAACACGUAAAAGUAAUUUAAAUAAAUAUUCUAAUUCUUAAAAUUGAAAUUCUAAUUUUAAAUAUUAUAUAUAGUGAACAUAAUUUGCAAAGAAGCAUAGCCAAUACUACUUUAAACUCUGAAAUGAGAGUUUGGAAAUUACUUCUGGUUUAUACUAAUCUCUCUUUCAGGAUAUCUGUGGAAAUCCAAAAAUGAAAGACAUAAUGGAAGCAAAAGAAGACUUUCUAAAUCUCCCAGAUGUGGUAAGGACGUCACAAUAUCUUAAUGAACAUACUUGCUGUAUAGAUAUAGGAAUACCUGUAAAAUAAUGGAAUCAAUCUACAAAUGUAACAACAUUGACAGCGUGAUCCCAAAAAGAAAACCUGUGUUAUGUAAGCAUAGUUGUAGUUUGCAAGGUCAAAGAGCAGUCCUUGGAAUAUACAAAAAAGUAAAGGAAGACUGCUGCCCCAGUAACAAAUUUAGCUUGUUGAAGUUGUAAUGAAGGCAAGAGUGUUUUGGUGCCCUUUUACUUUCGGUUAAAAUUCUUUUCUAAUGGUUUGUCCCCUAGUGCCUGAUAACUCUAUAUUCUGAGUUUCGUCCUCCACAGUAUGAGGAAGGUUUUCCAGGUAUUUGUUGGUAGGUUGUUAUAUAGAUCAAUUUGAUCUUUGGUAUAUUCAGGAGAACCCAAUUUGUAUCAAGUGCACUUGGAGAAGCGUGAACUAGACACGAGACGCGUGCUGGUUAUCAAAAUAAGCCUUGCCUUGGUUACAAAAAUAAGCUUGAACCUUGGAAUAAGGGUAAAUUCUUUCACAGUUGAGAACAUCAGCUGACACUCUCAGCAUAUCUCUGGCCACUCAUCAAGAGAAAUUGUGUGGUGCUGUCACAAGAUUAAAGAAACAUUAGUACUAACACAAACUCUAACCCCAACUUUACUAGGGUUAUUUAAAACAAUCCAAUUGCCCUCAGUCUGAUUUUUGAGAAAUCAUCCAGAAACAUUUGGGCUGCAACAUCCAGGCAUUGUUCUCAAGGUUUAUCAAUGUCAGGAUUUUGCAAUGUAGCAUGUAAAUGGACUUGAAUAUCCACUGGAUUUCAUUGUGUGGGAAGUCCAGAUAUAAAUGUUGAAUAUCCAGGACUGAAAUGUUAAAAUCCAAACCUGAAUUUUAAAAACAGUUUGCUCAUUUGCAGUACUAGUAACCAGUGGGGAAAAAAAGUAAAAAACAAGCAAACAGAUGCACAAACAAACAAACAAACAAACAAAACCCUCAGCAAUGCAAGGGUUAAGUGAGAGGAGUCUGGAAGUUGUUAACCAGCCAACACAAAAGCAUGCUUUAGGUGAGGCAUACAAUCAUAUUCAAAAGAAAGUGCACCCUCUUUGAAUUUUGUGGAUUUACAUAUCAGGACAUGAUAACAUAAUAAAGUAGUUAAAUGCAAACUCAGAUGAACAACACAUUACAUAUGGUACCAAUUUUUUAACAAAAAUAAUGCCAAAAUGGAGAAGCCAUGUGUGAAAAAGUAAGUAUUGAUAUAAUGUUAAAACCUGCUAAGGAACAGACAAUUAUUAUGUCCUGAUUUGUAAAAACAUAGAAUUCAAAGAGGGUGUACUUUCUUUUUUCCAUGACUGUAUAUGUAAUCUUAUGAGGCUUGUAAUAAGUCUUCAAAUAACCUUUUUUGGUACCCUUAGUUAAUAAUGUGUUUUACAAUUACUCCACAAUGUAAAAUAUGUGUAAUCAACCAUGUGCAUAAGUUAUUUUACGAGUCACUAUUAAUGUUUUAGGUUAGAGAAUUCAUCAGAAGUCACCCGAAUGACACGGAUGAUGUCAAAACAGUAUUGAAAACAGUUUACCAGGAGCUACGCCUUGUUAACACUGAAGUAAGAGUUGUUUUAUUUAGUUGGGUUUUUUUUUUUUAGCUAUUUGGUUUUCACAUUACAAAACAAAUUCAUUUUAAUAAACAUCUGUAAAAAAUUGGCGAAUUUAAACCCCAACCAAUAAAACGAUAUUUUGAUAGAACAGCAUUCCAAUAUAAUACAUUUUAAUUGUCCAUGGCUCUCUGUAUUACAACUUCACUGAUUUCUUUUUUUUAGUGGGAAGUGAUUGAACAAAGCAUUUAAAAAGUAUGGCAAAAGCAGAGAAAUAAUCAAGUAGCCUUGAUCACAUAAUUGUCAAAUCUAGCCCAGAGAGGAACAACAGAAAUCAGAAGUAACAUGGAACAGUCUGUGUCAGUGUCAAAGUCCAUAGGAUUUGCAAGGAACACAUUAUUACUGCUUUUAGAAUUUCAGUUUUGGCUAAAAUUCCAUUGUGGACAUUUUCCAUCAGUGUGUCUUCAGAAUAACAAGGGAUAUCAAGGGAGUGGUAACAUUCUGAAUGCUGCUAAAGCCGAGUGCAAUUGGGAGGGGGGAAUGACAACGGAGUUUUGAAUCUGCAAGAGUCGUUUUUUUUAUAAUUUACUUCUAUGAAGAUAGGCAGUUACCCACCUAAUGAUUACGUCAGGAGAUACAGAAAAGCUAUGUUAUCAGAGGCACAAAGUACAAAGGCAGAUCUUUUCCUUUUUUUGGACUUCCAACAGCAGUUUCUAGUUACCUAAUUUUGUGUCUCUUCUUUUUGCUAAAAGGAUGUGGAGAAUUCAAAUACAUCAUUUUCAUCAAUACCGCGAUAUUUCACAGAAGGGAGCAGAAUCAAAAUCGAACCUUAUCUUCUAGCCCAGUAAGUUUCAUUAGGUUAUCUUUACUGUUUUUAUAUAGGAAAUAUAUGAAAUACAUUUUAGUUAUGAUACUUUAAUAAUACUGUUUAGACAAUUUAGGCAGGCAGGUUUGUUACAGGGUAGAGAAGUUGAGACCAGUCCAAAAAUAGUCAAACAAAAGUGAUUUUGUUUUUCUGCUACACAUGGCUAGGGCUGCCAUCAGAGAUUGUGGGGCCCCCAAGUCCGUAAAGUCGAUGCAGAUGCAGAGUGUGUUUUUAUAUAUAUAUAUGUUGGAUGCAGUGUGUGUAUAGUGGAUACAGUGUGUCUCCCCUUUAUUAACAAUAUUUGCCACCACCUGUCAUCUAUGGGUGGGGGCCAGGUGGGAGCUGUAGCCCCCUACCCUCAUUAUUAAUAACAAAGUAUAAUAAUUCAAUUUUAGUAAUAUAUUUUGUUACAUUCUCAUAUGGCGGUUGGCUAGCAAGCUCUGGCCAGUUGCCGUAUAAUUAACCUUUGCGUCAACAAGGGUUUUUAACUGUUUGUCCGCUGGCAGCAGUAGCAAACACUUCUCAUUUGUUUUUCCAGACCAGGCCCACAGUUUUAGCAUUAUGUCCAGAUUCCAUAGAUUUCAUUUCAUUCUUCAUAGCAUGAACAAUGUCAGGAUUUUGCAGUCCAAAUGGCCACAUACAGCAGCACAUGAUUUUGCCCCAUACUUCAGCAAUGGGACCUUUGUUUACUUGUAGCCAGAAGAGCACUGAUGUUUGAGAGCUAUAUUUUUCUCCUAUCAGUCCAUGGCCCUACACCAUGUUUCCAUCUUGGGUUGUGGUGGUCCUGACUGUCUCAGUUAAACGGUAUUAUAUGUCCUAGAAUUUUACAUGCUUCGCUUCUUUAGUGGGUUUUAUUUUAUUUUUUAUUAAUUAUUUUCCAUGGGCAAAAUGAGUUAAAUAAAUCCUUUGACUUCUGACCAGCUUUUGCUAAUUUUUGCACCCAUACUUGCUAUGUAGACAUAACCAUUUAAGCACUAGAGUGCUGCACUAUAAAAAAAUAUAUAAAUGUGUUCUUGAAGCAUAUUAGGUCUUCAUCACUGGGGAAACCGAUACACUUACUGAGUGUUCCCAGACUGUACUAAGUAAGAUAAGCUCUCUAUGACACCAAAUACAGAUUCGAAUUAAAAUAAAAAAUACAAUGUUAAAUCUUACAAGGCUAAAGAAAAUAUCACAUAACUUAGCAAACAAAUAUGGGGAUUUAGUUACACCAUAUGACCAUAUUGUUUUAAGCCCACAAGUACUUCACAGUAACCCAAUAUCAAUGGGUUCUAUGCUAAAAUAGGAAAUAAACAUACUCACUGCAAAACAUACUGUUUAAACUGCUUCCAGGGACUCUCCUUAAAUGUAUGGUUUCCUGUGGAAAGACAAGAAAAACACAGAUGAAAAAAUAAUUGAAUAACUUAGAACAAGAGUAGUGAAUAUAGGAACAAGGAAGCACUGUAAUUUGUAAAGCAAAAUAAUUACUGAAUUUGCUUUAUGUUUCCAUUCCAGGAAAAGUCUACAUAAGAGCUAUGAAUCUACCACAAAAUGUAUUAUACAUUUGAGGUAUGGAACAGUCUACCAGUUAAAAGUGGAGUAUUUUGAAGCUGAAGAACUGCAAACACAGCUAUUUGAAUUGGUAUCAUUAAUCAGAGAAGGUGGAGAUAUUUCCUAUCAUUAAAUGUUUUUUGCAUUCCUUUUAUUCAUAUUUUUUUUUUUAAAUAUAUGUUGUGUGUAGGAUAGAGCUAAUUUAUUUUUCUCAAUCUCGGUUUUAUAGAGACAUAUGAAUAAUGUACAGUACAUGCAGACAGCAAAUAUUACAUCCUGUUUCAAACAGAUAAUUCCUGCUAUUUUAACAAUAUACUGUAUUUUUCCGUGUAUAAGACGCCCCCUAUUUUUUUUUUUAGACCAAAAUUAAGAAAUAAAUAUUUUAAACACCAAAUAUGAUAACUCUGAUAUUUCAGAGGUGACUUCUGAGGAGAACAACAAACUUCUAAUUCUCAUGACUCCCCCUGUGCCAAGGUACUCUGUGAAGUUAAUUGCUCCGUAGUGCAUGCUGGGAGACUACAGCUCCCACAAAACAGCUCCCUGAUCCCCAUUUCCAUCCCUAUAAAUAUAAAUAAAAAAGUAAGACCUACCUGAGGUGGAGCAAACCUUAAUAUGGCUGCUCCUUUUAUGGUGUAGCAUGUCUCCUGAGCUCUAUUGGUGGUAAGUGCUGAUGUCUUCAGCAGCUACCACGCAUAUAGUUAUUAUUAAUGCGAAAAUAGGUUUUGUUUUUUUUAAAUCCCUAUGUGUGCUCUGUGGAGGUGCAGACCUCGAGUAGCUCACAAGCAUUUAGUGUCAAAACCCUGCUGUGGUAACCUUUGGCAAUGAUUUGAUUGGCCAGAGCUCUGGAGACAGGUUCCCUUGGUCUGCACUCGGCAGAGAUGCAAGCCAGAGGCUUUGUGCUCCCUCUCCCUGGGCCUGUGUGGGAGUUCUUUGAUUUCCCCACCAGCCCAUGUAAGGACAAAAAGCCAUCUUGGACCAGCACUUGGACAACAUCAACCCCUCAUGUGCGAGCAAGGGAGAUACUCUAAACUCUCCUGUUGACAUCUGCCCAUAGCCACCACAGACUUCUUGCCAUUUACCUUAUUGGCAUGAUUGCCAGUCUGGGUCUGGCUGCAGAUGAGUAACUUUAAGGUGGGUAACUUUUUUUUUUAAGCCCUCUUUAUUAUAGUGGAGGCAUCGGUACACAGUGACAUGAUAAGUACAUUUGUGAGCACAAUACAAUAGGUUGUGACUGGGUUAGUAUUACACUACGGCCCUAAUUUUUUUUUAAAAAAUAGAAAAUAUUUUUGGGACGCCCAAAAUUUGUAACAGAGAUUCCUAUGCAGAAACCGAAUCAGAAGAACAAAAAAUGGUGCAAAAAUUGGCCAAUCAAUGUGCUGCAAAAUAUAUACAUUAUGUCUCUUCCUCCUUGCCACAGCAUUCAGAAGUGGAUCGGCGGGAGAGAGGUCAGGUAUGUGUGUGGGCUGUGGCACACUGAAACAUGGCAGGCGUCACCUUGGCUUAUGCCCCGCGCACAAGUGUUUUUUUUAACCCCUGCAGUGACAUUCCGUGUGUAAGAUGACCCCCAAUUUUAGACUAAAUGUUGUUUUUUUUAAACUGCUUAUACAUGGACCAUGCAAACAUUUGAUGACAUGGACAGGGCAUGUCAUCAAAUGUUUGUAUGGUUUAACCCCUUAAGGACCGAGGACGGUUCAGGACCGUCAUCGGCAUUUUUGCCUUGAGGACCGAUGACGGUCCUGAACCGUCCAAACGGUCUGGGGCUACUUACCUGAUCGCCGUCGUUCCCCCGGCGGCGAUCAGUGUUCCUCCGGUUGUGGGGAGACUGCCUGCAGCCCAGACAGUCUCCCCACGGCAGAUUAGGACCCCUGUGGCCAUGUGAUCGCUUAACACAGCGAUCACAUGGUCACAAUAGGUGUCCAUAGUGCUGCCUGCAGGGGGACUGCCUGUACUGACAGGCAGUCUCCCUGCAACUGUAAAAUCAAAAAAAAAAUUAAAGUUAAUGGUAAUAAAAAAAAUAAUAAUAAUUAUAUAUGUAUAAAUAUGAUAUAUAGACAUAUAUUAUAUCUAUAUAAUAUAUGUCUAUAUAUCAUAUAUAUAUAAUGUCAUACUAAGUGUAUUUUUAUAUUAAUAUGUACUUAUAUUAAUAUAAAAAUACACUUAUAAUUAAAUUACACACGUAUAUAUAUAAUAUAUAUAAUAACUAUAUAUAUUGUAUAUAUAUAUUAUUAUAAAAUAUAACUAAUAAGUAAUUUAAAUUAAAUAAUUUUUUAAAAAUAAUAAUAAAAAAUUUAAAAAAAAUUAUAUAGCUAUAUGAAAUUUUAUUCUAACUGUAUUUUAAAAUUAAUAUAUAUAUAUUUAUAUCAAAAUACACUUAGAAUGAAUUUGUAUAUAUAUCUAUGUAUAUAAAAAUAAAUAAAAAUAAUAAGAAAUAUACAUAUGUCCAUAUACAAAAUUACAUAAAUAAUUAUAUAAAUAUACACGUAGACUUCAAAUAUAUAAAUAUGCAUAUAUAUUUAAAUUCUACGUGCGUAUUUAUGUAAUAUUUUUACAUAAUUCAGUAAUUUUAUUGAUUGCAAUUUGAGGGACCUGCCUGCCAACCCAGGCCGAAAUUCCAGAGAAUUUAAUUUGCUAGCACUGUAUUUUACCCUGUAACGUUCUACGACACCCUAAAACCUGUACAUGGGGGGUACUGUUUUACUCGGGAGACUUCGCUGAACACAAAUAUUAGUGAUUCACAACAGUAAAACAUAUCACAGCGAUGAUAUUGUCAGUGAAAGUUACUUUUUUUGCAUUUUUCACACACAAACAGCACUUUUACUGAUGAUAUAAUUGUUGUGAUACGUUUUCCAGUUUUUAAACACUAAUAUUUGUGUUCAGCGAUGUCUCCCGAGUAAAACAGUACCCCCCAUGUACAGGUUUUAUAGCAUUUUUGAAAGUUACAAGGUCAAAUAUAUGGGUCAAAUAUUUUUACAUUGAAAAUGGCCAGGUUGGUUACGUUGCCUUUGAGAGCGUAUGGUAGCCCAGGAAUGAGAAUUACCCCCAUGAUGGCAUACCAUUUGCAAAAGAAGACAACCCAAGGUAUUGCAAAUGGGGUAUGUCCAGUCUUUUUUAGUAACCACUUGGUCACAAACACUGGCCAAAAUUAGCGUUCAAUUUAGUUUUUUUACUUUUUUCACACACAAACAAAUAUGAAUGCUUACUUUGGCCAGUGUUUUCGACUAAGUGGCUACUAAAAAAGACUGGACAUACCCCAUAUUGAAUACCCUGGGUUGUCUACUUUAAAAAAAAUAUGUACAUGUGGGGUGUUAUUCAGAGAUUUAUGACAGAUAAUAGUGUUACAAUGUCACUAUUGAUAAAUUUUAAAAAUGUAUGUUUUGAAACCGCAAUAUCCUACUUGUACCUAUAGCCCUAUAACAUGCAAAAAAAAGCAAAAAAGCACGUAAACACUAGGUAUUUUUAAACUCAGGACAAAAUUUUGAAUCUAUUUAGCAGUUUUUUUCAUUCGCUUUUGUAGAUGAGUAAAAGAUUUUUCAAGUAAAAGUCAAAAAACAUGUAUUUUUUUCAAUUUUUCAUCAGAUUUUUGUAUUUUUUUUAAAUUAAAAUACAUGAGAUUAUAUAAAUAAUGGUAUGUAAAGAAAGCCCAUUUUGUCCUGAAAAAAACAAUAUAUAAUUUGUAUGGGAACAGUAAAUGAGAAAGUGGAAAAUUACAGCCAAACACAAACACCACAAAAGUGUAAAAAUAUUCCUGGUCGCAAAUGUACAACAUCGCAAAAACAGUCCAGUCCUUAAGGGGUUAAUAUGGGCCUCUGUUUAAGAAAAGGUAACUGCACGGAUGACAUCUAUCUUUUGCAAGAAUUUUAUGUGUGUAUGUUUUGUUGCAUGUCAGUGAGACAUAUCUUUUAUGACAGUGUAUUUGUUUCACAUCAUGUUAUCAGAUGAUAUUCCAUUGCAGAUGCUGUUACACAUGGCAUAAACAAAACAGUCAAAGAUAAGUCUUGUGAGUGCUUGAAGACCAGAUUUGCUCUUCUAACGAACAAUGGUGUCUCUAACAUCAAUGAGGUAUGAAUUCAUUUUUAAUAUGUACUAUAUGGAGAGUAGAUUUCACAUCUCAAAGUACCAACCUGCCUGACAUUUCUGGCCUACUAGAUAUUUUCAUGCAACUUGCAGCUAUAUGUCCCAGUUUGACCAGGACUGUCCCACAAUACAGAGAAAUACAUCAGUGUUGCAGGUGUACCUCUAUAUAUUCCAAAUUUCAGGUGGCAUGCUUCCCCUCAGAGUCACAGUCAGGCUGUAUUUAAUACUGAAUUUUGAAUUUCAUAUUUGAUUUCAUUGACGAGAGCUUCCCCUUCAGCUCCUGUCAAUCAACAGGUAAACAAGUUUUGUUUACGGGUUGGCAAUGCUUAUUUUAUUCAGGUUUAACAGCAAUGUCUGCACACUAUAUUCAUAACUUGGACUGAGCUUUCUCUCUCUGCUCUCAAGAGACAGAGACAAGAUGCAAACUGCUCAUAGCAAAUAGUAGAACUAAUAAGUGAAUCUGGAUGUGGGUAACCUGAAAGCAGCUAUGGUAAGGCUGCUAUUAGUUUACUGAGCAGUUUCACCCAUCCUAAGGUCUACUGUGCAAAAGUUUAUGAAAUAGGAAUCUCUCAUGGUGUUUGAGCAGUCUGCUUGUAGUUUCAGGCAGGGCUGAAUCACGGACAUUAAAAGGCAGAGCAGCACAGUGGGACGGACAAAGCCAUUAUGCAUGCUCCUUCAAAAUGAGGCAUUCUAAGGCAUCCCAUGUGCAGAGCCCUGCUCUUGGAUGUGAAAAAUGCCCUUUUAUUUUUUGGUGGGAGGGGUUGUGUUUGUCUUGUGUAGCGGACAUGAAUUUAAUGACACACUACGAAGUGAAUGAUUCAGUGUUACAUUUGUGCUGUGUUUGCUGGUGACUUGUCUCUAGAUUCCCCAUAAAUGUGGUACCAGAGGACAAAAGUAGUACAAGGCAGGUUGCAGGGUUGUGCAUGUGUGGGGAGGCUGUCUAUGGUGUUGUAUGUGUAUGGAGGCUGUGUGCAUGUUUGAAGGAGGGUGUUUGUGUUGAUAAACUACAUUUUUUAAAAAUGGUAUACGCUACUUAAAUGUUAGAAAUAAGUACUUUUUUUCACAAUCAUUUAGAAUUUUCUUCACAAAUUUAAAAAGUAUGAGGAUAUUGCUCUCUCUGAAGAUGUUAAAAGGUUUGCGGGGAAAACAGAGCUUUACGUUGGAAGUGGAAAAAAUUCAGUAUCAGACCGUCUCGCCUUGCAGGUAACGGGACAUAUUUGAAAUUUUGUAUAUAUAUAUAAUUUUGUAAUGAUUUUUGUUAUUAUUUAAAGCACUAUACUAUACCAGUGUGUACAUAAUAAAAUGCAAAAUGUGCCUUAGUAUACCACAAUACUUCCUUUUCCCUAUAAAAAACAAUUAACAAAAUUCCACACAGUGUAAUGUGUAACAUUCUAAUUGAUAUUUAUUUAGAUUUGUAAAUAUAUCAAAUGCAAUGCUCUCCUGUUCAAUAUAUAUUCUGCCAAAACAAAAUGUAAUGAAAUAUCUCAUACUUGCUGUAAAAUGUGUUUCAAAAGUGAUCAUAAAUCUAGACCAAGACUCUAUUAUGUCAUUUCACAAAAUAAAUGGUGAUGGACAGAUAUAUCAGUUUUGGCUUAAUAUAUGUUUAGGCCUAUAUUCGCUGGAUAAGUUGACCCCCAGAAAGAUGUGCAACUUUUGGGUCAUGGCCAGGUCUGAGGACUCGCACACUUAUGAUUUGGGCCUGGGCUGGACAGCAGAAGUCAUCAAUUACUCUCGUUUCAUAGAAAAUGUUAAAUGUUUGUUUACUUACUGGAUGCUGUUAUAUAAUAAUUUAUUUUAUUAUAUUAUUAAUAAGAUGUUUAGAGGUUAAAUGUAAACAAACAAUACAUUAGCAUGUAAUAUACUUUUGCUGACAGAUACAUUACAGCAAGCUAUAACGUCACCUUCAAAUUCUCCAAAAAUGUGUGCAUAUAAAGUUAAUAAUGCUUAGGGUUGCCACUUGGCUAGUAUUUUACAGGCACAGCCGGUAUUUGAGGCUGUCUGGCUGAUGAAUACUGUCAAAAAUACCAGCAAUUCAUUGGCUGCUAUUUUUCUCUAAAUAGACUCUGGGAGAGUGAUGGAAGAAAUGGAGCCAGAAUAUCCACUAAUAUUAUAUAUGACACGUUAUACACACACACAAUGACACACACAGCACGUACACUCACAGUAUACACACACUGACACACACACACACUCAGACACAGAAGGCACACACUACUAUACACACUCAACCAGACAGUAUUAAUACAAUGAAACACAUGGCUAUACAAAUACACAGAAUACUACACACACUCAGACACAGAAUACAUCCACUGCUACACAUACACUAAAUUGCAUGAACAUUCAGACAUUGUACACACACUGGAAGUAUCCUUUUGUAGAUAGGGGAAUAUUCCCCUUUUACAUGUACUUCACUUUCUCUAUUGUCACACCAUGUGAUGUUACGUAACAUCUGGUAAUUUCAUGUGUUGUGAUGUCAUGUGGAUAUAAUUAAUUAUGCAAGUUAGCAUGGCCGAUAUUUUUUUUUAAGAAAAGUGACAACCCUAUGACUGCUAAAUUUACUCAGUCUAGUGUUAACAGUGAUGGUAAGCACUCUGGACAUUCUAUUCCUUUAGAAAAGAAGAUGGAAAGGGGGGGGAGUAUCCAGGACAUUAGCACAAAAAGACCUACUAGGCAGCAGUAGCUAAAUCAAAGCAUGAGCAAUAUUAGUUGUGAUCUCUUGGACCCAAAAACAUGACACAGAAGCACUCAAAAUUGGUGGAGGGCCACAAAACCCCAAUACGGCAGGGAAUGGUGUUUAUGCAUUUUUGUUCUUGCUGCAAAUCGACACAGCAUCCGAGUUCGAUAUUCUGUCUCAGCUGUCUGAGCACUUAUCUGCCUUAAAAAAAAGGUUCCACAAGAUGCUGCAGAGCUUCUGUUCAACCCUCAAUGCGGAUGGAAUACAGAAAAUGCAGGCUUGAGGAGCUCUGUGGAACCCCUAACAAAGUAGUGGACAAAAAUACCAGGUGGAGGAAGCAGAAGACAGAUUCCGGAGGAACAACGUAUGGGUGAGGGGGGACUUUGAAUCUAUCUCUCAUGAGAGUAUGCAAGAUUCCUUGCUAUCUCUAUUCAAAGCUCUGGUGCUAGAACUGACCACGCUCACGGGAUCCCAUAGUCCCAGACUUGGUCUGGGGCAUGAUAGUGAGGCUUCACUAUUAUACAUACAAGGAAGCUCUGGUGGUGGCAUCCACAAAUUUAAAGUUGCUCCCAGACCCUUUAUCUGGCCUUGCCUUAUUUGCGGAUCUAUGCGCUGCUAGAAUGGGGAAGAGGAGAUCAUUUGCGCAGGUGACUCAGACCCUAUGCAACCACAAAUUAGCUUACCGCUGGGGAUAUUUCACCAGCCUGUUAGUUUAGUAAAAUUUGUCCUUAACAAUGCUGAAUUUCUGCUCAACUGGCACAGGUAGCGAUGUGGCAUAUCCCCAUAGAUGACAGAUGGGGUAGAUUUGGAGUCCUUGCUCAUGGGGACGGGCCUCUCUCAAUUCUUUAUGUGGGUGCCCAAAGACCAUCGAAUAAUGCUACAGACCAAUUGUCCUGCAAUCCUGAAUUUGGGACGCGUCAGCCACAAAAUACGUGAAUUUAAGUUAAGUUUGAUGACCUAAAACAGAGAAUACACUUGACCCCCGCAAAUUUAAUUUGAUACGUACAACGUAGACUAUGCAAAACAGACUCACUUAAAAUAUAUACGGCACAUAAACCUUUAACAUUCUUCAAAAGGAUAUGUCUGAGUGAAUCUAUGCCGAAAGGUUUAAUUAACUUACUCUAAGCCCAACUGAGUACUGAAACGAAAGAAUGGGGCCAUCUAAAGUAUACGGAACUGUGUGAAAGGGAUCUGGGGGAGGCUCUAGAACGAAAGAAUGGGGUCAUCUAUCUUAUACGGAACUGUGGGAAAGGGAUCUGGGGGAGGAUCUCGAAGGAAUAGAAUGGCAGGAGAUCUGGGAGGCCAACAACGCCACAUCCAUUUGGUUUCCUUCCAGGAACAGUCUCUUAAUAUGAUGUUCUGCUGGUACACGACUCCCGUAAACCUGCAUAGAAUGCAAAUGUCACCACCAGACACAUGCUGGAGGGGAUGCAGGCAUAGGGGCACAUAUAUACACAUGUGGUGGGAAUGCACCAAUAUCCAAACAUUCUGUAGCACCAUUAAGGGUCUAAUAACCUAUAUCUUUCUAAGAGUGCAGGACCUUGACCCCUUGGGUAUACCUUCGGAACAGGUCGACAGUAGGGUGGACCAGACACGAACAAAAGUGCAUAAGAUUAUACUAGCAGCGAGGAGAAUGGUAGCACAGGCAUGGUUUAAACCUAGAGAACCUAGAGUCCCCACUGUAGCGGCAGUCAUAAUUAAAAUUAAGGACACCUGCCUUAUGGAUAGCUUAACAGCAAGAGUCUGGGGUACAAUGAAGACAUUCAAAAAGAUUUGGAAGCCUUGGAUGUCUUUCACCCUUGCAACCUGACAGUAAUUUAUCCAGACUGACCCUUAGCCACGGUGGAGCCGGCCGUCAGUGGGUGCCUGGGUACUCCUGAUGGGGCCCGUCCCUGCCUCCUCCUCCUUAUCCUCCCCUCCUCUCCCCCGCCCCUUCUUCUUUGCCCCCUCAUACACCCACCCUCGCGGUCCAUCCAACUACGGUGGUCUGCUCUCCUUCGCCUUCUUUCUCUCCUAUUACUUACCUUACCUCAUACACUUUUUUUUUGCCUCUCCUUCACACCUACCUUAUAUUGAAGCAUCACUUGUUUAUAUAUAUACGGAGGGAGCGAAUAAGCCACUACAGUCCUAAAAUAUCCAACUGGGAUGUCGCGUGACAUACAUGCGGCAAGGUAUUGAGAAACGUUCCACUGGCGACAAUAUAUGAGCCUACAUGUUUAGGAUGUAACAGUCAUGUCCCGCGCUCCCCUAGAGAUGAAAACUUAACAAAUUCUGUGGCUUUCUAAUAAAAUCAUAAAAAAAUGACUCAAUAUAUUGACGUGGUAACAUCGCAACCGCAUAAUUGAGGACCAGGGUAGACACUUUGCUACUGCAUGUCUUUGUGAUCAUAUGCCUAUCACGACAAAUGUAUCUCUGUCUAUUGUUGAUUUGCUAUUGUACCUAUGCAGAAUUCCACAUAUGAUUUGCAUUCUUUUAUGACAUGACAAAAAUAAAGAAUUACAAAAAAAAACAAUGCUGAAUUUCCCAGAGGAUGGCCUAACUACCAUACAGGUCUGGGGUCUGUUGUGGGAGGCCUCAAACUCAAGGGCUGCUAGAGCCUCACAAGCAAGGGAACAGAAGGAAUGGGGGCUGCCAGACCACAAAGGUGACUGCGUUCCAUGCUACAAGGUACACAUGGAGGAGUACUGCUGACUCUGUGUUUUCAGCUUCAGGUUAUGCCCAGUUGGGCAGUUGUCUUCGAUGUUGCUUAAGAUGAGACUUAAGUUGGCAUUAACCUUAGUUGUACAUUUAAACAAAAAAAGAGAAUAAUGAUUUUAAAAACUAAAACAAUACAAGAAGCUAAAAUGAUGCCGUGGGUGCAUCGCAUCAAUCAUUUUACUUAUGUUAUGCCACCCACCUCCACAUCAAUACCUGUUUUUGUAACGUUCCUUAAUGAUGAACCAAAUGUAAACCAUGAUAACAAAUUGUUCAGCGGACGUAUGUGUGCCUACUAAACAUGGUAUCCAUACUAUCUAUGGGAGGUAUACUUUUGUUGUAUUCUAAUUCACCUUUACCUAUCUUGUAAUGUUAUCGUGAAAAUCUUUAGAUAAAGAAUUUAAAAAAAUAAAUGUUUAUGCAUGAAUAAAAAAAAAUUAUGAAAGAAAUGCAUUGCUCAAGACUUUUCUGACUACUUUCAUAACAACCAGUACGAUCUAGCCUCUGUUCAGAAAUAACAAGGUUCAUGUAACAAAAGUAUUUUUUUCCUGAAAAGUAUAACUGCAGAACAAAUGCUCCAAUGAUCCAAGUGCAUCACAUACAGAGGGUUGGAUGAGCAAACCAGGCUACACCACCUAUGUGGAAGAGCUUGUUCUGCAUUUAUCAGCUGUGUUCAACCACAGUAAAGAUUCGGAAUCUCACUUGAGAUCAUUAACAAGAUCCUCCCAUGUAGUUCUGGGCUGAUUCCUCACCUCCUGAUCAUUGAAACUUAACAAGGUGAGAUCUUGCAUAGAGCACCACACCGAGGGAGACUGACAGUUAUUUUGUGUCAUAAAAGACACCUGGGUGCCAGAAAUCUUGCUGAUUGAUAGUGGAUCAAAUACUUAUUUCACUCAUUGACAUGCAAAUCAAUUUAUAACUUUUUUGACAUGCGUGUUUCUGGAUUUUGUUUUGUUAUUCUGUUUCUCACUCUUAAAAUACACCUACCAUUAAAAUGAUAGACUGAUCAUUUCUUUGUCAGUGGACACAUGUUCAAAAUCAGCAUGGGGCCAAAUACUUUUCUGCUAGUAUCAAAAGGCAAUCAGAUUGCUGACCUUGAUAUAUGCUCUAAUAUGUAUCCAGGCCCUUUUCUAACUCCUGCUCUAUCCUGGCUGCCAUUCAGCAGCACUAUACACACUGAGCCAUGCCAGGUGCUGUACAUUACAGGACUAUAUUAUGGCAUACAUAGGAAGAGGGUCUGACUGACGCCCUGAACAGUCUGGGACCAGCAUGUAAACAGAGAGAUGUGAGAGAGAGGGUUUAUUUAAUAAAACAUUUACAGGUAUAGGACGCAGUGAGGAUUUAACUUACAUAUAAUAUAGAGGUGUAUUAAAAGCAAAUUAAUAAAUUGUAUAAUGUGCACAUGUUUUAUAUUUUAAUGCAUUCAACUUUCAGGCUAAUCUGAAACGACUAACAAGUCCACAGGAUGCUGACAACUGUGAAAACUUGGACUGGAAACAUAGAGUGGCAGCAGUUAAAGAAAUUGUUGUGUACAUACCUAGUAAAAUACUCUAUGGUGGGAAGGAAAUAUUGGAGAUGCCAGGAACGGAUGACUCAGACCCUCUGGCAAUGGAUUUCAUACAAAAGGCUUUGGAUUCGGUAGGUGGCAACUCAUGCCUUCUUAAUCCUCUACAUUAUAAAAAGCUUUUAUUUUAGCAUUUGUAUAAUGGUUACAUGUUUACACAUAGUUUUAUACUACCCUUACACUUUGAGUAAAGGAAUGAUUAAAAACAAUUAAUUUUGUGGAUAUUUCUUUAACCCCUUAAGGACCAAUGGCAUGUUUGACAUUUCAUGAUUCCCUUCUAUUCCAGAAGUUUGGUCCUUAAGGGGUUAAGGAUGUAUGUGACCAUAGACUACUGCUUCACUAUUACCUAUAAACCCAAACACCACGAAAAAUUACAUCUAUAUUGAUGUGGGAAGAGAAUAAAGUACAAACAAGCUGGAAAAUGCAGCCACUCUUAAAACAUCUGCCCGCUCUGCCUCUGUCUUCUUGCUCAAUCCAAUGCUUCUCAGAGAGAAGCAUUGUGAAUGAGGAGCGCAUGCUCAGCAAGUACUGUGUGUCUACAAUCAAAUGCUCUAGUGGCUGUUACCGUCACUUGUUCUUGCAGUGAAAACAUUGCCGUAUCUACAAAAUGACAGUGUUUUACAUAGCAGGACUAAAAUUCCAGGGCCACUGCAACCAGAUCACUUGAUUGAGAUGCAGUACAUUGAGUAGGGAAGGAUACCUUAAGGAGAGAAGUCAUCUGAGGCUUAGCUCUCUGUGAUGUCCUGUUUCUCCAACAUCAUUAAUGAGCACUUACAUACGCAUGGCCAUAACCAUGGCCGAUACCACGUACUACAAGGCAGGACCUGGCAUAGGAAGGUGGAAGGAAGUACCUACCUUUCUUGUUUAGGUAAGUGAUGCCAUUGGAGGAGAAGAAGCUCUGGAAACUGUAAGUAGGGUAUUUACCCUUUGCUUUUAUUCAAUAUUCUCAGUACAUAUUACACUAUUAGAUUUUAUUUGUGCUUCUAUUUUAUGCAUGCCUGUGGAGCCUUGGAAACCAGAUCUCACCACCACUCCUAUAUCCUUAGAUGGGGAUUAUACCGUCCAGGUGUUAUACAGCAGAGCUCUUAGCAGCUCUGGAAAGUGUGAGUUGGUUCUUCUACUGGUUUUCAUCAAUAUUUCAUUUUAUUAUUACCUUGCAUAGAUAUACUGCACUAUUAUUGUCUCUAUUUUUUAUCUUUUUAAGGUUUAUACUUACUACCUUUUUACUGGGAUACCCCGUAUGUAUGUAUAUAUUGUUAUUCAUACUUAAUUAUCCUUUACUAUUCUGUGGCGCGGUUCACCACUGUUGCACUUUCUGGUUAAUAGCAGGUAUUGGGAAGUCCUGCUGGUUUACUGCUGCCGUCCACUUGUACAUUCUAGAGAGUGCGUAUAACUGUGUUUUUUCUAUCUACAUUAUGUUUAAUAAAUGCAUACACUUGUAUGUGUGUGCGUAUAGAUACUUUUAUAAGUAUUUCUUUAAAUAUCUUGUAUUUGACUUACAGGUUGAUUCUAUAUUUGUCAUGAGUGAAUUUGCUUUUAAAAUCGCAGAAAGAGAAGUUAAAGAAAUUCUGCUCAACAGUGAAUUCAUAAAGGCAUGGAAGAAAUACCCUAAGUUUUAUUCACUGAUGUUCCUUGCAUAUCCAGAAAAGGUAUUGUGGGGGUUAAAUAUCUGGGGGGAUUCCUGAAUGCAUUAUAAAUGCCAACAAUAAAAGCUAUUUCAGCUUUUCAAUAUUUUAGAUGUCCCUUACCCACAGAAUCCCCUAACUGUGAUCCUAUCUCAUAGAUAAUAGCUUACUCUGUGGUCCAUUCUGUCAUAUGUCAGGUUGGAAUGUAAAGCAGAGUCUCUGUUAGUAUAGGGGAAGAGAGUCUAGCAAUUAAAUCUAUUGGGUUAAUUGUAACCUGGAGUUCCACUAAGUAGCCAGCCCCUGUGAUAUGUAAGGUUUCACUUUCUUUUGUAGUCGGUUAACAAAACCUAAUAUAGAUCCUGAUUCUCUUCAUGAGUAGUUAGCAAGGCAAAUCUCCAGUAUACGGUCCAUCUCAGGCCAAAAUCAUCAAAUUAUCUUGUGUUGUUGAAGGGUAUGUCCUUGUUACAUACUUUAUGCUAACAAAGGAUGCUUUAAUUACAAUUCUGCCAAUACAUAAUAUUGGCAGUUUAUCUGCUACGGAUAAGGCUUCUAUCAUUUUUUUGAUUGAUUUAAUUUCUGCAGAUAAAUAAUAUCAUUAAGAAUAACUUAUCUGAAACAACCAUUACAUGGGCCUAUAGAAUUCGACAUAUAAAUGCUGUUGAUUAAUGCUUAUUUUUUAUUUUUUUUACUAUGUGACCAUUGGGCAGGGGAUAAAUAGUUAAAAAGAAGCCAACCACCAUAUCAGUACAAGGGAGGUUUUACAUCUCCCCCAUGCCACCACACACCAUGCUGUAUGUGUGAGAAUCUCUGCUAAACAGUGACUGCUCACUGUAAUAAAAGGCUAGAGCUUGGGCAGCUAUUGCCAAUAGUAAUGUACAGGGGGGACCUGGUACACGCCACUCCAUGUGCCCACCCAAGGGCAUUAAGUGGAGUCAUCACAUUAAAGAACAGGAGAUGGACAGAUCGCUGUCCAUUCCCUUGCCCAUUCAGAAUGCCCUAAUUAAAAUAAUAAAGGGGAUACUUAGUGUCUUCGUGCCCCCAUGGAGGGGCUCUAUAUAAAAUAUUAAAGCAGAGGGGACAGAGUUUCCCCCUGUACCCCUAGCCAUGGCCAGAAAAAUGUGAUUAAAAAACUGGGUUUUGUCGAUAGAAUUAAAUCGAGGCUGAAGUGUGGUGAAUUUGCAUGCCUAAUAACUCAGUCAAGCUCCCUGCACCCCUCAUUAUGCACCAUCUGCAGGAGGUUUCUAAGCCAACUUAACCUGACCCAUAUGGAAUGGUGGGACCCAUCUAACUACAAUUGCUUUGCAUAUUAUUUAUGUUGGUGUCAUGUAGAAGAUAUAUUUCAAUUACACAUUUAUGUUUCCUUUUUUUCUAGGAUACAAACUUUCAAUUUGGGGAAAAUAAUAAAGACAAAAUUAAAAAUCUUCUUAAGCAGGAGGAAUCAAAACGGUCCUUAGAAACAGAAGAACUCUGUAAAUUACUGGAUCUGGUUAGUAUCUCUGCUAGGGUAUACAUAAUCAGUAUAUACAAGUUUAAGAUUUGUUUAGCUUAAGGUUUUUUUAAUCUGUCAUUGAACUAGCACAAUCAUGUACACAAAUAAUUUUGCAGAAACAUUAGACUCAAUUGUGAUGAACGUACUCCAUCCAAUGUAUAUGACCACAUUCAGAGAUACAUUUUUCCAAAAAAUUUAAAAUGUUACUUUAAUGAAUAAUCUAGAGACAAAUAACUCUCCCCCAUGUAUUUUUAGUUAUCAUAAAAAGCAUUGGGUCCUUGGGAUACCACUAUUAUUUGAAUGGGCUCCAAUUCAUUAACCUGCCAUUAAGUGGAUGUGGAGCCAACUGAACCACAGAAACUGGUUAGUGGCAUUGGGGUUAUAAUUAAAUAGCAAGUUUGGGGUUCUUAAGUUCCUGUCUUUAUACUAGCCUAGCCCCUCUGGCCCUACAAGCUAACUGGACAGAGAACACCCAAUCAUUUUGGUUCUAUUAGGUAACUAUGAAAACAUAUGGUGCCCAACCUCUCUGACUGUAUUCAUUAUUUAUAAGAUCAGAGAGUGCCUUCUUGUGUUAAGAAACUAUAUGGAUAGUGGGUGCUCAGUCCUUUCAUCACAUUAGAUAUAGGACAAAUUUGAUUCCCAGCACCACAGACAUAGUAGAAACAUACACUCAGAUUUGGUCCCACUGGAUUGUAACAAUUUCUAUUGAUCGGUUUAAACAAAUAUUGCUUUGAAAAAAGCCUACUUCCUAUACAAGGGGUAGGCAACCUUCGGCACUCCAAAAGUUGUGGACUACAUCUCCCAUGCUCCUACAGCUAGAAUGCUGUCAAAGCAUCAUGGGAGAUGUAGUCCAAAACAAUCUGAAAGUUGACUACCCCUGUCAUAUACAGACAUGAUUACAAUACUGGAUCUAAGCUGUGCUUUCCAGUAGGUUACCUCCACCCAACCCCUGCAACUCUCACUCCUUACCCUUCUUCCUACCUCAGGCAACUCCCCUCUUCUCUAUUUGGCUCGGUAUUGUUUUUGGUAACCCAUGAAAAUAAUCAUACAAUAACUAGAAACUGAUCACUAAAUCUAUUGGAAAAGAAACCAAACAUUAUUGCAAGAAAAUAAAAACUAACUCAUGUUGUGGAGGAUUGCAGAGCACAUGACUGAAGUCUGUUCUUGUUGUAGAGGCAUAAUAUAUUCCAUUAUUGCCUUGAAAAUCCUUGUUUAAUUUUACCCUUAAUCCCACCACCAAGGGGGAAGCUCUAUAGUUCCCUCUACUCCAUGUUAAAUGAAGAGGAGAGGACAUUUUCCAAACCUAACUGAUAGUAGAGUCUAAAAGACCCUCUGCUUUUAAAUUAAAAUAAAAUGGAAAUACCCUGGCUGCAAUUGUGGUGGUCAUCUCUAAGGAGGGCAAAGAUCCGACCUGCUGCGCUAGUUACUGACUGAUUUCCAUCCUGAACGCUGACUUAAAGCUAUUCACGAAGGCCUUAGCGAUCCAACUUACGCAGAUAUUACCGGACCACAUCCACCCCGACCAAGUCGGAUUUAUGCCCGGACGGGAACCGAGAGACAACACCAUAAGAGUCCUCAACGUCAUCCACAUUGCCAAGCACACCGGAAGAGAUGUGGUGCUCCUCUCCAACGAUGACAAAAAGGCAUUUGACCGGGUGGAUUGGACUUACAUGGCGGAGACCCUACGAUGCAUGGGCUUUGGUCCAACAUUACGGACCUGGGUGGUGGCAUUAUACACCUCCCCAAUGGCACACAUACGCAUCAAUGGGACACUGACAAAACCUUUUACCAUCCACAAUGACACCAGACAGGGAUGCCCCCUGUCCCCCCUCCUGUUUGGCCUCUCUCUCAAACCCUUUCUUGAUGUGGUCAGACGAGAUGGGGGAAUCACGGGACUCCACGCGGGCGAGGAAGAGCAUUGGGUGGCAGCCUAUGCUGACGAUAUGCUUUUCUUCCUAGAACAACCAGGGAUCUCCGUACCAAACCUACUGGAAGCUUUCAGGAAGUACAACCUUGUAUCCAAUAUAAAACUUAACCUGUGCACAUCUGAAGCCAUGUUAAUAACUUGGAACUCUGACCAACACAGCCGACUCCACACGCAAUUCCAUUUUAAGCUAUGCGCCCUUAAACUACGAUACCUCGGCAUCUGGCUGCCGACCGACCUUACACAUUUAUACCAUACGGAUUACCUCCCAAUUCUCACAACACUGCAGAAGGAUCUCCACAGAUGGUCAACCCACUACACCUCAUGGUUCGUUGCAUCAGCGCGGUUAAGAUGAACGUGCUUCCCCGCCUAUUGUACCUAUUCCAGACUACCCCAACAUCUUUACCAAGGGAUUUAUUCCAUUCUCUGACAACAGCAAUCCAACGAUUCGUGUGGAAUCAAAGGCCUACCCGGAUCCGUAGAACAAUCUUGGAGAGGCCAAAGAGCGAAGGCCGCACGGGACUUCCAUAACUGCUCACAUACUAUCACGCCAAUCAUCUGCAACGAUUGGUGGACUGGCACGCAUGACUGAGUUCGAAACUAUGGGUACACAUGAAGGUCCACCAGGCACAAGGAAGGAUUCCAUCCAGGCUCUGGCACGGGAGCGCCACGUAUGCAGAAACCCGCACAGGUAACCCCAUGAUCGAUGCAUGACUGUGUCUGGUGCUCCCUACGGUUCUCCUGACAAUUAACAACCUCACCUAGCCCGCUCACUCCUAUCACACAUAACCCAGAUCUGGCGGGGGGGCUGCACCCCACCGCUCUGAGAAAUUUCCAAGCAACUGACUGGGUCUACAUACACAAAUGGAGCACUGCAAACACUCUCAAACCGAUAACAGACCUGCUCCCGAACCACAGACCUACCCUGCUAGACAAAUUUCAAUACCACCAGAUUGAGACCUAUUACACAGCCAUCAAGGGUAAGGCCUUUACCUUAAACAAACCCCUGACGAAUAUGGAACACUUAUGCACAACCAGACAACACCUACAACACGGGGUGUCAACCCUAUACACCACACUGAUGUCCAGCGGAGACAGACCCCCACCGGGAUUCACUGCAAAGUGGGAACGGGCCACGGGGACUGAACUCACAGAACAAGAGUGGGAUAAAAUCUUCCUACUGACACAUAAAGGAUCCAUAUGCACCAAAUAUCAAGAGACCAGCUACAAACUCCUGAUACACUGGUACAGGACCCCGGAUACCCUCUGACACGUACACAAAUCUAUCUCAGGUGACUGCUUGAGGUGCGGAACGGACGCUGGCACUGGAAUACACAUCUGGUGGACAUGCCCACUCAUAGCCUUCUUCUGGUGGCUGAUUAACGAUAAGAUUAGGGAAAUUACUGAUUCAGACCUAGCCCUACUGCCACUGACGAUGCUCCUCAAUCACACAACAAUCCCUUUGACAGCAUACAAAAAGAUCCUUAUUAUACACCUACUCACAGCAGCCAAAUCCUUAAUCCCAACACAAUGGAAGCGAACGGAUGCACCCACCUUCCAGCAAUGUGUGGCCAGAGUAGAGGACAUCUAAAACAUGGAAAUGAUGACAGCCUCACUGCAGGGUCGCUCCGAUAAAUGCGCCCAGACCUGGUUCCCAUGGGUUGAGUUCAUCUCGAGAGGGGCUGGGGGGCCGGGCGCGCAGGGGGCUGGGGGAGAGACCGAGGCUUCAUAACCCCCAUACCUGUUAAUUACCUCACACUGCCUAUUCUCCCUCUACUUGUUCCCUGAACCCUUCCCCUUACCUAUCCCUUAGUAAAAAACCCGCUUAAAACAUCCUGCAUCUAGAGAAGCGAAAGAUCAACCAAAUGACCAGGCUGUCCAACUCAGUCCCACAGACCAUAUCUGUGAUGCAAUAGUACGGCUCUAGACGCCCAGGCCUCACGCCUUAAACUAAACGUAGUGAGACAUAAAACAUCAUUAAUGGCCCUAUAGUUACCACCCUACUGUUACCACUCACAAGACGAGAUACUCUAGAUGCACACGGCCAGUAGAAAUCUAAUCAUUCUUCACCAUCAUAACUCACACGGUCCACGCCAAUGCCUUAAACUGUCAUACCCUAAGAUGCGAUCAUCACAGUUGCUAUAAAUGCUUGCAAACGCCUUUACCUUAUGAUACGCCUAAAAUGUGUUUCAGAUAUAUCUUAAUAUUGUUCCUACUUGGCUAAUAACGUAAUCGCUACCUGUCUGAACUUACACUCAUACCAUAGAUAGACAGAAAUGUCAGAUAGACGUACUCUGUCAUCAUUGUCCCACAGACAAUUGUUGACUUUAUAAUGUUGUUAUGUAUCGUAUUGCUAUCUAUUUACUCUUGCACAAACAAAAAAAUGUAAAAAUAAAGAUUGUCAAAAAAAAUAAUUUCCCUUUCUAGUGCAAACUCUGUUCUUACUUUGGAAAACAUUAAUGGUGCACUGGGUUGUAGGUGCAUUAAUAACUGUAGGUUAAAUAGUGUCAGGGUAGCUUGGUUAAUAUAGCUUGGAUGCUUCAUCUAAGUGUUGCUUCUAAUUGUGUAGUUGGAGAUAUUCUGGAGAGUUUUACAGUAGCUUCUUUUCUACUGUUACAGGUAAGAUUCAUCUGUAUGAAAAGGUUACUGAUUGCACACGGUUUGAAUUCCUGUUGGUAAUUAUAAGGCAUUUGAUUUGAUUAGUUACUUGCUAUUGAUUGCUGUUUAAAUUAGCUAUUGUUUGCAAAUAAGCAGAGGCCUACCCAGGUUUUAAACGUUCCUAGUGGGUGGUGAUUUUAGAGUUAUAUAAAGGUUGUUGUCAUUAGCUUGGCUAAUAUAGCUUGGUUGCUUCAUCUAAGUGUUGCUUCUACGUGUGUGGUUGGAGAUAUUCUGGAGAUAACCUGGAGGUAAUCUGAGGUAUUCAGGAGGAUAAAUAAAAAGUUAAGCUUUGUUUGAUUUAAAUUAUUCUCCUCAUUGGAAUGGCAGACUUAGUUCAGUGUAAUAGUUGCUAUGCAUUUGUUUCACGUUCCACUUUUUGGAGGUUUGGUUGUUGUCUAAUCUGUAGACAGUUCUCUAUCUUUGUCAGGAUACUGACAGGGAUCCAAUACGCAGAGUGCGGACAGAAGGAGGUACAUAUACCGGACCUUAGAAUGGCCGGACUAACGUAGGGACAAAGCAAGAAUAGUCAAAAGGUAAGCCGAGGUCGAGGGAGCCGGAGGACAGGUAAGCGAGAUACAAGCCGAGUCAAAGGAGAGGAGAGGACAACAGGACAAAAGACAAGCAAGGGUCAAAACCAGAAACACAAGAUAAAGAACGCGCUGAGUGACUAGCAAGCUAGAACCACGACAGGGCAAUGAGCAGUAGUAAAGGUUUCCUUUAAAUACCCUGUUACCUAAAUAGGGACCACGCCCCCAAAAGGUCCGGAAUAGCGGUUCCCGGCACUUCAUGUAAAUGCCGACGUCAUGACGUCGACGCUAGCCGUCGCGUCAUAAAAGGGGGAGGAGCUAGCGCGGCCGGCGCGAAAACGGCCGGAAUAUGCCGAAAUACUAGGGGCAGGGAGCCCCUAAACAGAAAGGAUGUCUUCCCUGGAUUCAGCACCAACAGGUACCCUGACAGUACCCCCCCUUCUAGAAACGCCCACCGGGCGGAUGGGACCGGGCUUAGAAGGAAAACGAACAUGGAAGGCCCGAAGAAGACGAGGGGCAUGCACGUCUAUACCAGGAACCCAAGACCUCUCUUCUGGACCAUAACCUUUCCAGUCUAUGAGGUAUUGCAGCUUCCCCCUAGAAAUACGAGAAUCAAGGACGGACUUGAUGAUAUAUUCCUCCUGACCAUCCACACGGACCGAGGAUGGAGGAGCAGAGCGGGAGGAAAAUCUGUUACAAACAAGAGGUUUCAAUAAAGACACAUGAAAAGAGUUAGGGAUGCGUAGAGUAGGAGGCAGAUCCAGCAAAUAAGAAACCGGGUUGAUCCUCCUCAGCACCCUGUAAGGACCAAUGUAACGAGGAGCAAACUUCAAGGAAGGAACUUUCAGGCGAAUGUGUCUGGUACACAACCAGACCCUAUCACCCGGAGAAAAAAUAGGAGCAGGCCGCCUACGCCUAUCAGCAUGUGACUUAAACACCGCGGAACUACGUGUAAGAAUUUGUCGAGUCUGAUCCCACAACUUUCUCAGGUUGGCUAUAUGAAUAUCAACCGACGGUAUACCCUGGGAAGGAGACACCGACGGAAGAACAGUAGGGUUAAAGCCAUAGUUCAAGAAAAAGGGGCUAUUACGAGUGGAACCACAAACAAGGUUGUUGUGAGCAAACUCCGCCCAAGGAAUCAGACCGACCCAGUCAUCCUGGUGUUCAGAAACAAAACAACGUAGAUAUUGCUCAAUUUUUUGGUUAGUGCGUUCGGCUGCUCCAUUAGAUUGAGGAUGAUAGGCCGAAGAAAAAUUCAGUUUGAUGCCCAACUGGGAACAGAAGGAUCUCCAAAAACGGGAAAUAAAUUGGGAACCCCUGUCUGACACAAUCUCAUUGGGAAUACCAUGUAAACGGAAAAUUUCUCUAGCAAAAAUCACGGCCAGUUCAGGAGAGGACUGAAGUUUGGGCAAGGGAAUGAAAUGAGCCAUUUUAGUAAACCUGUCAAGGACCAUGAGAAUAACCGUAUGCCUACUGGAAGCUGGUAGAUCAACAAUAAAAUCCAUAGCCAAACAAGCCCAAGGUUUGUUGGGAACGACUAAGGGCUGCAAUAAACCACAAGGGAGAUCCCGCGGAAGUUUAUUCCUGACACAAACAUUGCAAGCCUUGACAAAGUCUUCCACAUCCCUACGUAAACCAGGCCACCAGAAGUCUUUGGAGAUCAGGCAGUAAGUUUUGUGGAUGCCGGGGUGACCAGCGAACUUGCUAUCGUGAAAACAGCGAAUAAUGUCCACUUGGAAUUUGGGAGACACGAACAAGCGGCCCACAGGAGUACGUUCGGGAGCAAGAGAUUGUUCGUUCAUAAUAUCAGCGAGCAAUGGAGAGUGUAUUUUGACAUUGGUGUUGGCGAUAAUCUUGACUUCAGGAAUAAUAGGGAACAAAGUGUCCUCUGUAGAGGUGAUAGGUUCGUGCUGACGUGACAAAGCGUCUGCCUUAGUGUUCUUAGAACAAGGCCUGUAAGUAAGCAUAUAAUUAAAGUGUGUAAGGAACAUAGACCAACGUGCCUGCCUGGCAGAUAAUCUUUUGGCCUCCCCCAUAUACGAUAAAUUUUUGUGGUCAGUUAAGAUAGUAACUGGGAGGACAGUGCCCUCUAACAAAUGUCUCCAUUCCUUUAAUGCCAUAAUGAUAGCUAAAAGUUCUCUAUCACCAAUAUCAUAUCUCCUUUCAGUGUGCGAUAGUUUCUUGGAGAAAAAAAACGCAAGGGUGCAGCGGCUUAUCUAAACUUUGUCUUUGGGACAACACUGCGCCUAUCCCUGUUUCAGACGCAUCAACUUCAAGUAAAAAGGGUAGAGAGGUAUCAGGAUGAACUAAUACAGGUGCUGAGGCAAAAGACUGUUUGAGCGUUUCGAAAGCAGAUAAAGCCUCAGUAGACCAGGUUUUGGUAUCGGCUCCUUGUUUGGUCAUAUUAGUGAUAGGAGCGAUAACAGAGGAGUACCCUUUAAUAAAACGUCUGUAAUAAUUAGAAAAUCCAAGAAAUCUUUGUAUGGCUUUGAGUCCCUUAGGUAAAGGCCAAUCUAAAAUCGAUUUUAGUUUGGUCGGGUCCAUCAUAAACCCGUCUUUGGAAAUUACGUAACCUAAGAAAGUUACCUGAGACUGGUCAAAGCUACAUUUUUCCAAUUUACAAUACAAUCCAUGUUGUAAAAGUUUCUGUAAUACCUUUCUGACUUGUCUAUGAUGUGAAUUAAUGUCUCUAGAAUGGAUUAGUAUAUCAUCCAAAUAUACAAUUACACAUUCAUGUUGGAAUUCUCUAAGAACCUCAUUGAUUAAGUCUUGGAAGACGGCCGGGGCGUUACAAAGCCCAAACGGCAUUACGGUAUACUCAUAAUGCCCGUAACGGGUAUUAAAUGCUGUCAUCCAUUCAUCUCCUUGUUUAAUUCGCACCAAGUUAUAUGCUCCUCUCAAGUCAAGUUUGGUAAAAAUACUCGAGCCCUUUAGUCUGUCAAAGAGUUCAGUAAUCAAAGGAAUAGGGUAAGCAUUCCUGAUAGUAAUUUUGUUCAAUCCCCGAUAGUCUAUACAAGGACGUAAGGUACCGUCUUUCUUUUCUACAAAAAAGAAACCCGCCCCCGCCGGAGAAGAAGACUUUCUAAUAAAUCCUUUGUCUAAAUUCUCCUUGAUGUAUUCCUCUAAAACUAAGUUUUCCUUGGUGGAUAGAGGGUAUACCGUACCCCUGGGAGGCAUAGUACCAGGGAAAAGUUUAAUAGAACAGUCAUAAGACCGGUGGGGAGGUAAAGUAUCCGCCUUACCCUUGUCAAAUACAGAUUUGAGGUCUAGAUAUUGUAAUGGUAUCUGAACGUCUGUGGAUUGGGAAGUGUUAGCAUAAGAGUUUACGGGGCAAACAGAAGUAACUCUCUGCAGACAUUCUUUCCUACAACCCAUACCCCAAGAAACGAUUUCUCCACCCUCCCAGUCAAUCUGAGGGUUGUGUCUCUUGAGCCAAGAAUAUCCUAGCACCACUGGGACUGCCGGGGAGGAAAUUAACAGAAGGGAAAUCAACUCCUCGUGGAAAAUACCAACAGUAAGCUUAACGGGUUUGGUCUCAUGGAAUAUUACUGGUUCAGAUAAAGGUCUACCAUCUAUGGCCUCAACGGCCAAGGGUGUAUCUCUCAAUUGGACUGGGAUACAAUGCUUAUUAGCGAAAGUUUGGUCUAUAAAGCUUUCUGCUGCUCCAGAAUCUAAUAAUGCCAUCGUAGAAAUAAACCCCUUUUCCCAAGCUAGAGAGACAGGAAUCAGAAGCCUAUGGUCUUUUUUAUUAUGCAUAGAGGACAGUAAUGAAACACCCAAGGCCCGUCCUCUAAGGGAACUUAGGUGCGAGCGUUUCCCGGACGAUUAGGGCAACUAAGACGUAGGUGACCUCUCUGCCCGCAGUAUAAACAAAGACCCUCCCUUCUUCUGUACUGUCUCUCAGCUUCAGAUAAGCGAGUAUUACCUAUUUGCAUAGGUUCUGGUGGAGUAGGAUUAUAGGAGUCAGGGUUCUGAAAUGAGGGAGCGAGUCUUACAGGAAGUCUAGUAACUCUUUCCCGAGUGUUCUGCCUCUGUCUCAUGCGUUCAUCUAUUCUGGAAAUGAAGGAUACUAAAUCCUCUAAAUUUUCCGGAAGUUCUCUUGUGGCAAUCUCAUCUAGAAUUUCAUCAGACAACCCAUUCAAGAAUACAUCCAUAAAAGCUUGUUCGUUCCAUUUCACUUCUGCUGCCAAUGAUCUAAACUCUAGAGCAUAUUCUACAAGGGUCCUAUUCUGUUGUUUAAGGCGUAACAGGGAUCUGGCCGCAUUAAUCUUCCUUCCUGGGGGGUCAAAGGUUCUUCUAAAAGCCGUGACAAAAGCAGUGUAGUUGUAGACUAAAGGAUUGUCAUUCUCCCAAAGGGGAUUGGCCCAUCUAAGUGCUUUAUCUAUUAGCAGGGUUAUAAUAAAGCCUACUUUAGCCCUGUCAGUAGGGUAAGCCCGGGGUUGAAGUUCGAAAUGUAUGCUUAUCUGGUUUAAAAAACCACGACAAGCAUCAGGCGAACCCCCAUAUCGUAACGGUGAAGUGACAUGGGAAGAUGCGCCUACAGUGGCUACUUCCAAACCAGUACUUAGCGAGUGGCUAGCAGUGGAACGUAUUUCUUCAGACUGAGUGCUGGAGCGUGUUAACAAAGUUUGUAAUGCUAAAGCCAUUUGGUCCAUUCUAUGGUCCAUGGCCUCAAAUCUGGGGUCAGGAGGACUAGCACCUGCAGGAUCCAUUUGGCCCUGUCGUAAUGUCAGGAUACUGACAGGGAUCCAAUACGCAGAGUGCGGACAGAAGGAGGUACGUAUACCGGACCUUAGAAUGGCCGGACUAACGUAGGGACAAAGCAAGAAUAGUCAAAAGGUAAGCCGAGGUCGAGGGAGCCGGAGGACAGGUAAGCGAGAUACAAGCCGAGUCAAAGGAGAGGAGAGGACAACAGGACAAAAGACAAGCAAGGGUCAAAACCAGAAACACAAGAUAAAGAACGCGCUGAGUGACUAGCAAGCUAGAACCACGACAGGGCAAUGAGCAGUAGUAAAGGUUUCCUUUAAAUACCCUGUUACCUAAAUAGAGACCACGCCCCCAAAAGGUCCGGAAUAGCGGUUCCCGGCACUUUAUGCAAAUGCCGACGUCAUGACGUCGACGCUAGCCGUCGCGUCAUAAAAGGGGGAGGAGCUAGCGCGGCCGGCGCGAAAACGGCCGGAAUAUGCCGAAAUGCUAGGGGCAGGGAGCCCCUAAACAGAGAGGAUGUCUUCCCUGGAUUCAGCACCAACAGGUACCCUGACAAUCUUGCAGCAGGAGAUUGUAUUUUUGAAGUCUGAGAUUUGUAAAUUAUGUGGUGAACAAACUCAGACUGGAACUGCUGCAAAGCCACUGCCGCAGAGACAUACUAGGAAUGGCAGAUGGAUUACUGUAGGAUCUGGUAGACUUAGAGUUGUGGAUAAAAGGCAUUUUGCACAGUCUGUUUCUCUACAUAAUUUAUUUUCUGCACUUUCAGAGUGUAAUGGUGUUGUGGAGAGAGGCACUGAGGCUAGUGGUUGUUUUGUGGAGAGAGGCACGGAGGCUAGUGGUUUUGUGGAGAGAGGCACGGAGGCUAGUGGUGUUGUGGAGAGAGGCACGGAGGCUAGUGGUGUUGUGGAGAGAGGCCCUGAGGCUAGUGGUGUUGUGGAGACCGGCUUGGAGACUAUGGUGAGGCCUAAUAGAAAACAGUUGUUGUCAGGGGAUUCCAUCAUAAGAGUUGUGGAGAUGGACAAUGGUGGUCUUGUGAGGUGUCUUCCCGGAGCUACUGCUCACAGAGACAGGAGACGUAUCUGUAAUAUUGUUAAGCAAGCAAAGCAGGAAGGGGAAUUGGAUGUACUUGUCCAUCUAGGGACAAAUGACUUGGCUUGCAAUGAGGUUUCAGAGGUUAAGGAAGUUUUUAGUGUUUUUGCCAAUGAUAUACGGCAGGUUGCUUCCACACUGUCAUUCUCUGAAGUUCUGCCUGUGCAUAACACUCAGAACGACAGGCGGAUGCGUAUUAGGGACUUUAAUUUGUGGCUUGGUGAAUGGUGUCGGGAGCAAGGAUUUGGCUUUAUUUCUCAUGGUAGCUCUGUUUGGAAUGGAAAUAAGCUGUACAAAAAAGAUGGUUUGCAUCUUUCUCAAAAGGGAACAAAUGUUCUCAGUGAGCAGUUCAGAGGUUUUGCUAGGAUGUAUUUAAACUAGGAGGGGGGGGCAAAAGGGUGAUAAAACAUCAAUCCAAUUGUCCCCAAAACAAGGACAGAAGGUGCCUGUAGCAAGUGUGUUAAAAAAUGAUAAGCUUAGAGUCAUGUCUACAAAUGCUCGCAGUUUAGGGAAUAAGAUCCAUGAACUUGUGGCAAUAAUGGCAACUGAUAGUGUAGAUUUAGUCGCUGUUACUGAGACAUGGUAUAAUGAGAAAAAUGACUGGGACAUAGCAAUACCAGGGUACUCUUUAUAUAGAAAAGAUAGGGAAGGUAAGAAAGGGGGAGGGGUGGCCCUGUAUGUGAAGGAUAGUAUAAAAUGUAGCCUAAUAAAAGUUAGUGAGGCAAACAUAGAGUCCGUUUGGGUUACGUUAGAAUUUGGUAAUCACACAGUAACUCGUGUAGGUGUGAUUUAUAGGCUAGUUGAGGAAAUAGCUAAAAUGACAAUGAAGGGGGAAGUUAUUAUCAUGGGUGACUUUAUUCUUCUUGAUGUAAAUUGGAAAACAAAAUUAGCUACUUGUGCCAAGAGCACACAUAUUCUAAACUCCCUACUGGGAUUGUAUCUAAAACAAGUUGUUGAGGAGCCAACUCGUAAAGAGGCCAUACUAGAUUUAGUGCUAACAAAUGGAGAUUUGGUAUCAGAUAUUACUGUAGGUGAAAGUUUAGGAUCCAGUGAUCAUCAGUCAGUGUGGUUUAAUAUAAGAACAGUGACUGAGUCACACCACACAAAAACAAAAGUUUUAGACUUUAGAAAAACAGACUUUUCUAAACUUAGAAUAUGGGUAGAGGAGUCAUUAUCAGACUGAAGCAAUUUAAAUGGAGUCCAAGAGAAAUGGGAUUAUUUAAAAGUUGCACUAUUGAAGGCAACAGAAAAUUGCAUUAGGCUUGUCAGUAAAAGCAAAAAAUUCAAGAAACCACUGUGGUACUCCGCAGAUGUGGCCAAAAUAGAUAAAAUCAAAAAGAUAGCAUUUAGGAAUUAUAAAAAAACCAAGAGUGUGGAAGACAAACUGAUCUAUAAGAUUAGGCAGAAAGAGGCUAAGCCAGAUAUAAGAGCUUCCAAAUCACACACAGAAGAGAAAAUAGCACAGUCAGUAAAAAAAGGGGACAAAACAUUUUUUAGAUACAUAAAUGAGAAAAGAAAAGUAAAACAAGGAUUAGUUAGAUUAAAAACAAAAUAAGGAAGGUAUGUAGAAGAGGAUAAAGGUCUAGCUGACUGUCUCAAUGAAUAUUUUUGUUCUGUAUUUACAGAUAAAAAUGAAGGAAAGGGACCUCAGUUAAGAACAAGGAUAAAUGAGUCAUUUAUUACACCUGCGUUUACAGAGGAAGAGGUUCUAUUUCAACUGUCAAAAGUAAAGACAAAUAAGUCAAUGGGACCUGAUGGAAUACACUCAAAGCUAUUAAAAGAGCUUAGUGGUGUACUAGCAAAACCAUUAACAGAUUUAUUUAACCAAUCAUUGUUAACAGGAGUAGUCCCAGAAGAUUGGAAGUUAGCGAAUGUUGUGCCCAUUUACAAGAAAGGUAAUAGGGAGGAGUCGGGCAACUAUAGGCCAGUAAGCCUUACUUCAGUAGUGGGGAAAGUGAUGGAAACCAUGUUAAAGGAUAGGAUUGUUGAACAUCUAAAAACACAUGGAUUUCAAGAUCAGAGACAACAUGGGUUUACUUCAGGGAGAUCAUGCCAAACUAAUCUUAUUGAUUUUUUUGAUUGGGUAACUAAAAUUAUAGAUCAGGGUGGUGCAGUAGACAUUGCUUACCUAGAUUUCAGUAAGGCUUUUGACUCUGUUGCACAUAGAAGGCUUAUCAAUAAACUGCAAUCUUUAAGUUUGGAUUCCAAUAUUGUUGAACGGGUAAGGCAGUGGCUGAGUGACAGGCAACAGAGGGUUGUAGUUAAUGGAAUAUAUUCAAAACGUGGAUUUGUCACCAGUGGGGAACCUCAGGGAUCUGUACUUGGACCCAUUCUCUUUAAUAUUUUUAUUAGUGAUAUUGCAGAAGGUCUUGAUGGUAAGGUAUGUCUUUUUGCUGAUGAUACUAAGAUAUGUAACAGGGUUGAUGUUCCAGGAGGGAUAAGCCAAAUGACAAAUGAUUUAGGUAAACUAGAAAAAUGGUCAGAAUUGUGGCAACUGACAUUUAAUGUGGAUAAGUGCAAGAUAAUGCAUCUUGGACGUAAAAACCCAAGGGCAGAGUACAGAAUAUUUGAUAGAGUCCUAACCUCAACAUAUGAGGAAAGGGAUUUAGGGGUGAUUAUUUCUGAUGACUUAAAGGUAGGCAGACAAUGUAAUAGAGCAGCAGGAAAUGCUAGCAGAAUGCUUGGUUGUAUAGGGAGAGGUAUUAGCAGUAGAAAGAGGGAAGUGCUCAUGCCAUUGUACAGAAUACUGGUGAGACCUCACUUGGAGUAUUGUACACAGUACUGGAGACCGUAUCUUCAGAAGGAUAUUGAUACCUUAGAGAGGGUUCAGAGAAGGGCCACUAAACUGGUUCAUGGAUUGCGGGAUAAAACUUACCAGGAAAGGUUAAAGGAUAGUAACAUGUAUAGCGUGGAGGAAAGACGAGACGGGGGGAUAUGAUAGAAACAUUUAAAUAUAUAAAGGGAAUCAACACAGUAAAGGAGGAGACUAUAUUUAAAAGAAGAAAAACUACCACAACAAGAGGCCAUAGUCUUAAAUUAGAGGGGCAAAGGUUUAAAAAUAAUAUCAGGAAGUAUUACUUUACUGAGAGGGUAGUGGAUGCAUGGAAUAGCCUUCCAGCUGAAGUGGUAGAGGUUAACACAGUAAAGGAGUUUAAGCAUGCGUGGGAUAGGCAUAAGGCUCUCCUAACUAUAAGAUAAGGCUAGGGACUAAUGAAAGUAUUUAGAAAAUUGGGGAGACUAGAUGGGCCGAAUGGUUCUUAUCUGCCGUCACAUUCAAUGUUUCUAUGUUCUAUGUUUAAGGUCCUCUGGCCCAUAUACUACACAGUCUUUCUUGAAAUGUCAUGCAAUGCACAGUCACUUUCCUCUUCAACUUCCCAUAACAUUGUGUUAUCCAACUAAGAUAAGUGGAUUCCAUUAACAGUUAUGUGAGUUCUCUAAUCAUCGUUAAUAUUACUCCACCAUCCUAUACAUUAUCUUUACAAUAGUAGGAUAUUAUAAGUUCAUACAAAGAAUAAUCUUUAGUAAUUUUGCACUGAAUGUGUUAGGCUUGUUAGAAAUAAAAUUAACCUAUUCAUUAUUUACGACUUUUACUUUUCUUGCUUUAUCAUUAUACAUUUUAUUUUAAUGUAUUGUUAUUGUUUUUUUCUAUAGCAUACAUUAUCUACAGACAUGGACAAGUCAAUUUUUACAUCAUAUGUAUUGCCGGUACUACAUACCUCAAUCCUCAUGCAAGAGGUAAAAAAAAACAUACAAAACUUAGAAAUGGGCACCCAUUUAUGGGAAGUAAGUAGAAUGCAAAGUGCUGGGCUCAGAAAGAAACUGGACCCCCAUCUUUUAAAACUUUUUUUUUCUCUCUCUCUGUUCUAUUGAGAAAGAAGAAAUAUUAACCUUACAAACUUUUCAUUAAACUGUUCAUUAAGAUUCAAUAUUAUGUCUUGUGAGCAAAAAAGGAUUUUAUUACUUUUACUCAUUGUAUAUUCAAAUGUUUUAACAGCAUGAUUUGUGUGUGUCUUCAACAGGGACCACCGCACAGGGUAAUUAGUAAAAAUAUGGACUUUCUAGACCAUACAGGAAUUAACAGUUUCCUUAUCCAUCUUGACAAAUUUGUUGCAUUUAAACAAAGUGAAUCCAUUGUGAAGGUAAGAGAUGUGUAUGUUUGUCAAAUAGCGGCAUAAUUUCAUAUUUGUAGCUUGAUAUAGUAGGGAGGGUUGUUUUGUUUUUUUACGCAUGAAUAUUUUAUUUAAAUUUGUUUGCAUAAUAGUACAAUUAUACAGUUAUACACUUAUUGUUUUGUUCCAAAAUAGUAGAAAGCUGUACAGCAUUGUGAAAAUGAGAGGAAUGGGCUGAAUUCAGCAGAACUAUAUUUCGACCUGAAAUUAAUCUCUGAGUCUAAUACACUGAUCAGCCACAAAAUUAAAACCACCGACAGGCAAAGUGAAUAACAUUGAUUAUAUCAUUACAAUGGCACCUGUCAAGGGUUGGAAUAGCAAGUAAAUGGUCAGUUCUAGAAUUUUAUGUGUUGGAAGCAGGAAAAAUGUCCAAACAAAGAGAUCUGAGUGACUUUGACGAGUGUCAGAUAGUGAUGGCUAGACAACAGGGUCAGAGUAUCUCCAAAUCGACAAGUCUUGUGAGAUAUUCCCAGUGUUCAAUAGUGAGCACCUACCAAAAUUAAUGCAAGAAAGGACAACUAGUGAACCGGCAUCAGGGUCAUGAGUACCCAAGGCUCACUGAUGCACAUGGGGAGUAAAGGUUAGUCUUUUUGGUCCAAUUACAUAGAAGAGCUACUGUAGCUCAUAUUGCUAAAAAACAUAAUGCUGGCAAUGAUAGAAAGGUGUCAGAACACACAGUGCAUUGCCAUUUGCUGCAUACUAUGGGUAGAAGGCUGACUAGCGGAGGCAGUGUUUUGCUCUGGGCAAUGUUCUGCUAGGAAACCUUGGGUCCUGCCAUUCAUGUGGAUGUUACUUUGACACGUACCUACCAAGAGAUUGUUGCAAACCACGUACACCCUUUCAUGACAGUGUUGCUCCCUGAUGGCAGUGGCCUCUUUCAGAACCCUGCACCCUGUUACGCUGCAAAAAUUGUUCAGGAAUCUUUGAAGAAUGUGACAAAGAUUUCAAGAUGUUGCCUUGGCCUCCAAAUUCCCUAGAUCUCAAUCCGAGCAUCUGUGGGUUGUGCAUGAAGAACAAUUCCCAUCCAUGGAGGCCCCACCUCACAACUUGCAGGACUUACAGGAUCUGCUGCCAGUGGCGUACAUACCAGGGUUGCAGGGGUCGCGGCUGCGACCGGCCCGGGCCUCCAGGGGGCCCGGCCGCCCCUGCGACCCGGUAUGUAGCCACUGGGCCAGCCUCUUCUCCUGGGGGGCCCAGGAGCCAACCACCUCAGGGCCCCCCGAGGCUGGCCCUGCUGACACCGGGCAGGCGGGUGGCCGGUUGGGCAGGCGGGCGCGCGAGGGAGCACUCAGUGCUUCCUCUUCAGCUCCCUCGCGCACCGCACUGAUACCGGAGCCGGAAGAUGACGUCAUCUUCCAGCUCCGGCAUCCCUGAGCGGCGCGCGAGGGAGCUGAAGAGGAAGCACUGAGUGCUCCCUCGGGCGCCCGCCUGCCCAACCGGCCACCCGCCCAGGAGCCCAGCAGCACCACUGGACCCCAGGGAAUCCCCCCAGCACUCUAAAAGGUAAGGAGGCUGGGGGGAUUACAUUUAAAAAAAAUCAUGUGUUAGUGAGUGAGUGUUAGUGUGAGUGUUAGUGUGAGUGUUAGAGUGAGUGUUAGAGUGAGUGUUAGUGUGUGUGUCUGCUAGUGAGUGUUAGAGAGUGUUAGAGUGAGUGUUAGUGUGUGUGUCUGCUAGUGAGUGUUAGUGUGAGUGUUAGUGUGAGUGUUAGAGUGAGUGUUAGAGUGAGUGUUAGUGUGUGUGUCUGCUAGUGAGUGUUAGUGUGAGUGUUAGUGUGAGUGUUAGAGUGAGUGUUAGUGUGUGUGUCUGCUAGUGAGUGUUAGUGCGAGUGUUAGUGUGUGUGUCUGCUAGUGAGUGUCAGUGAGUGUGUUACUGUGUGUGUCUGCUAGUGAGUGUCAGUGAGUGUGUUACUGUGUGUGUCUUACUUAGUGUGUGUGUGUUAGUGAGUCUGUUUGAUGUCUGUUAGUAAGUGUGUGUUUGUCAAUGAGAGUGUAUGUUUUGUGAGUGUGUAUGUAUGUCUGUCGCUGACUGUGUCUCUGUCAGUAAAUGUGUGUGUCUGUUAGCUAGUGUGUAUGUGUCUGUAAGUGUGUGUGUGUGUGUGUGUGUGUGUGUCUUCAGCACUUACCUUUCUCCAGCGCCGGACUCCCUUGGCGCUGAGGAUCCCUCAGCCUCUCAGCUCCGAAUGUGACCGCGCACGCAUUCAAACAGCCCAUAGGAAAGCAUUACUCAAUGCUUUCCUAUGGACGUUCAGUGUGCUCCUCUAGCGGCUGUCAGUGAGAUAAGCGGCUGUCAGUGGAUUAACCCUCAGUGAAACAUAGCAGUUUUUGCUUUCCUAUGGACGCUGGCGUGCUCUCACUGUGAAAAUCACAGUGAGAAGCACGCAAGCGCCACUAACGGCUGUCAAUGAGACAGCCGCUAGAGGAAAUAGGGGAAGGCUUAACCCAUUCAUAAACAUAGCAGUUUCUCUGAAACUGCUAUGUUUAUGAAAAAAUGGGUUAACCCUAGCUGGACCUGGACCUGGACAUUAAGCUGAAGUGGUCUGGGUGCCUAGAGGGGGGGGGGGCCCACGGAUCAAUUUUCGCACCGGGGCCCCAUGGAUCAUGUAUAUGCCACUGUCUGCUGCUAAUGUCUUGGUGAAAGAUGCCAGAGGACACGUCCAUGCCUUGGCAUAUUAGAUCUGGUUUGGUUGCACGUGGGAGGACCUACACGAUAUUAGACAUGUAGUUUUAAUGGCGUGGCUGAUCAGUAGGUUCAGGAGUAAGAUCCAACAGGAUUAGGAGUAGGAUUAGUUCCGAAAAAAGUUCUUUGUCAUAUCAGUGAUAAAAUUACAUAUAUAUCAUAUUCACAAAGUAGUUCAAUAGUUUAUUUAAAAAAUGAUUGUCCCUUAAAAUGAUGCUCAAGAUAAUGAAGUCUAUUUACUAAACUAGGGUAAUUUGAGAAGCAACUUACAAAAGUUAGAUUAAAAUUACCAGAGUGAUCAUUUCCGGUUCUGUGGUGUUUAAUUUAUAGACUGGGUUUUCAUUCUAGGCAGAAGUGGGGAAAUUUCUGUCCUCAAAUGUUUUUAUUCAGGAAAAAUAAAAUGUAUAAACACUGUAUACAAACAUUUGUGACCCCACUAACAUGCUUAAAUAAUCUUCUGAGUUAUGUUGAGAAAGCAUGGUAAGGAGGGAUCUACUAUAAGAUCUAUUCUGUUCAUAUGAUUUUUUUAACCUGCCCACCGUUAUAUCUGUUUAUUGUACAGUAUUUCUGAUCUUGCCUCUUCUUCACUGUUAGGUCAAAGAGUACCUGAAUAAACUGAAUAAAAAGGUAGCGACAGGGCCAAGAUCAGAAGAAGCAAUGUUAGUGUUAAUGUUAUUAAAGAACAAAGAGUAAGUCAUAUAUUUCAUUUGCUACUAAGAAUUCUUUUUUUAAAGAUACUAUUUCAUGAAGAUACCAUUAUAUCACCAUGGAAACCAAUGGAAUCUCCAAGAAAAAAAAUCUCUGCUGUUAGUGUAUAUAUAUGUCUUCCUUGGUAUCCCCGUGAACUGCCACUUUACAAAUCCCUAUAACACCCUCUAUCUAAUUUCAUUUAUAUAACACAAAUGUGUUAUCUAUUUUUUUUUCGGGAUUAUUUAUUAAAUUGAAUAUUCAAAGUCAAUUUCAAAUGUAAGUAGCCCAACUUAAAGCAUAGCAAACUUACAGAGUUAUUCACCAAAAUAAGAAAGUGAAUUCAAAGUAUAUUUAUUAUUAUUAUGAUAUUUAUAGAGCGCCGUCAAAUUCCGCAGCUCUUUACAAUGGGUGGAUGAACAGACAUGUAGUUGUAACCAGACAAGUUGGACACACAGGAACAGAGGGGUUGAGGGCCCUGCUCAAUGAGCUUACAUGCUAGAGGGAGUGGGGUAAAAUGACACAAAAAGGUAAGGAUAGUAUUAGACUAAUGACAGUUUCAGAAGAGGAAUCAGUCAGGAGCUAUUAACAGUUUAAUGGAUACGCUUUUAUGAAGAAGUGGGUUUUUAACGAUUUUUUGAAGGAGUGGAGACUGGGUGAGCUUCUAACAGAGGAGGGAAGCGAGUUCCACAGGAACGGUGCAGCCCUCGAGAAAUCUUGAAGGCGAGCAUCAGAGGUGGGAGUACGGACAGAAGAUAGACGUAAGUCUUCAGCAGAUCGUAAGGGCCCAGACGGGACAUACUUGUGUAUAAGGGAGGAUAGAUAGGUGGAAGCAGCAUUAUGUAGAUUUGAAAGCAAGAACCAGAAUUUUAAAUUGAGCUCUAUAUUUUAUAGGAAGCCAAUGUAGGGAUUGACAGAAGGGUGAGGCAUGGGAGGUGCGUGCGGACAGGAAGAUGAGCCUUGCCGCCGCAUUCAUUAUGGACUGUAACGGCGCUAGUUGGGAGCACGUAAGACCACUGAGAAGUGGAUUACAGUAGUCAAGGCGAGAAAGGACAGUGGAAUGAACCAACACCUUAGUUGCAUCUGGCGUUAAGUAGGGGCGGAUGCGCGCAAUGUUUUUGAGAUGGAAAUGACAGGAUUUGGCGAUAGAUUGAACAUGAGGCUUGAAGGAGAGGUCGGAGUCAAAGAGAACACCUAGGCAGCGAGCCUGCGUGGUGGAGCUGAUGGUAGCACCGUUGACUUGGAGGGAGACAGACACAGGAGUAACAACACUUGAGGGAGGAAAGACCAGAAUUUCAGUUUUGGUCAAGUUUAGUUUAAGGAAGUGGGCAGCCAUUCAGUUAGAAACAGCAGAGAGGCAGUCAGAGACACUAGUCAAGAGGGACGGGGAGAGAUCAGGAGAGGACAGGUAGAUUUGGGUGUCAUCUGCAUAGAAAUGAUAUUGGAAGCCAAAGGAGCUAAUGAAUUUACCAAGGGAGCCAGUAUAGAUAGAGAACAGUAGGGGACCAAGGACUGAAACAAUUCUCUACGUCAGCUAUACUUUUAUUUCAGUUAUUCUGGCCUCAAUUUUAAAAUACUCUUCGAAGCUAGCAAAUUUGUAUUUUAAUUCAUUGCAAUGUCUUGAUGGAAAGCCUUGGUGUGAGCCACUUUGAGCUACUAUGUUUUCAGUAAAUUUUUAUUCUGUAAUGUAUAAUUGUCUGGACACUUUACAUAGUAAUUUAUUGAUCUACAGUAUUGAUAUUUCCAAUCUUCUAAGCUUUCCUUCCCUGGUAGAAGGAUUAAUGAUUCAUUUUACUGUGUAAUAUUCUCUUCAGAUUUUCUUUUCUACAUUCAGUAUAAAUUAAAUUUUAAUUGCAGGUUGAAAAGCACGCGAGAUGGAGCAUUUUGCUCAGACUAUGACUCUCUGCUGGUUACUCUUUGGAAGCAUUUAAAAGCACUAUAUUCGAAAGCGCUCGAUGGCAAAGUAAGUACAUAUUCCUUGCGGCUGAAAGUCUCCUAUAAUCCCUAUUUUCUACUGUAAAAAUAUAUACUCAAGUUAGAUACCCCCUACUUAAUACAGGCACUCUCUACCCAAAAUCAAUUAAAUACUAUUUAGUAGAUUUUCCUCAAUGAAAACAUGCAUACCUUUAAUUAUGUAUUUUUUUUUAAUCUAGGGUAUAUGUAAAAACAGCUUGCUAAUGAUGCAGAUUUCUUAGAAACCCUCCCCUUUUAACCCUGCUCAGACUUUCUGUGGCUGUCCAAUCACAGACUUCCUAAUGCAGUUCAAUUAGAAGUCUUUGCAAUGCAGGUGUCCUGGGCAAUUUUUGCUCCUUGAGUUUAGAAUAAAUUAGCUAAACUACCAGGAAGUAACAGGACCUGUUGCCUGACAGGCAGGAGGGUGUAACAUGGUUAAACUACAGUCAGUAUAGUGAAUACACCUUUAAAUAGUGCGCUUUAGAUUGCACUCACAAGAUUAUAAUUGAUUGUAGGCACAUCACAUGGUGUAUGGUGACUGCAAAAUCCUCUGACACGAUAAAAGGGCAUAUAGGAGAGAGUGAAAAAAAUAAACCAUAAUAAGUGUAGAGCAUAUAAAAAGGACUUAGCGCUUUAAUAGGUUACACUUACAACUUACAAAAUUUUGUAAGUGUAACUUAUUAAAGCGCAAAGUUCACUAUACUACUCUGUGAGUUUAAUUUUUGUCCACUGUAGAUAUUUAUCUUUAUACUAUUGAGGACCUGGAGGAGUCCUGUCAUAUUUUUAUACAGUUUUGGGAGACUUUAACUUUAGGUAAACCUUCUUUGAGGGGUUUGUCUGCACAUUGUAUUAAUUCCACUUCUUAUACAAGGGUGUUAGAUUUUGUACUUAAACUAUAGUCACCCAGCCCAAGUCAACUCAUUGAAGUGGUUGAGUGCAGUGUCACUGUCCCACUUAGUACUGCAAUGUAAAUCAUUGCAGUUUUAGAGAAUACCUUGCAGAACUAAGACUAGCUACUAGGUAGCCUAACUGAUGCUGGAUGUCCACAUGCUCUGCAUUGAGGCAAUGCUUACCUAUAGGGAGGGUAUAAUAGCUGGGCACCGACCCAUCGCCGAGGGACAUCAGCACUGGAAUGGAGUAAAGUUUUUUUUAAACUGUUUACAUGCUGAGGGAACUGGUCCGGUAAAGGGUGGAGGUCCAGAGGGCACUAUAGUGUUAGGAAUACAGAUUUGUAUUCCUAACACUAUAGUAUCCCUUUAAAUUAAAAAUCGCCAAUUUCUAUUGAAAUGUGCACUUUUUGUAGAAUGAAAACAAGAGGACACACUCUUCACAUAAAUAGCAAGCUGAAGUGAUUUUGGGGUCUGGAGUGUUCCUUUAAGGAACUCUGUAAAAUUAGGAAUACAAACCUGUGGUUCCUAAUUCUGUAGUGAUCUAGUCCCUAGUUCUAUGCAGGCCCUCCCCACCCCAAUUUUCAAGUUGGGCUCCUUCACAAUGGUUUAAUCUAAUACUUCUAAUAGUGGACCCGAUGUGCAUGCAUCAAAGUUUCCCUAUAGGAAAGCAUUGCAGUCAAUGAUUCCCUGUGUCAUUCCACAUCACGCGAUUUCUGCUCGGUCAAUGCAGUAGAAGGGCUUUUGGAAGCUGUCAGUAUGACAGCCACUAAAGGUGGAGUUAACUCUGUAAUGUAAACACUGCAGUUUAAAGGAGAGGGCUACUGCACCAAGACCACUUUGUUGAGAUAUAGUGGUCUGGGUGACUACAGUGUCCCUUUAAGGUUUGGCGCUUUAGUUCUACCAUUUAGUGUGUAUGGUGCUGUCAUUUUAUUAACCCACUAACCAAUAAUAUUAUAUUUUUGUUUUUUUCAUGAUUCACUGCUCCUAUACAUUUAUAGUUCAAAUGCAAGUAAUUGUGAGCACUACAAAUGAAUUUCUAGAUGUGUCAACUUAAUUAGACUUAAAGGACCACCAUAGGCACCCAGACCACUUCAGCUCAAUGAAGGGGUCUGGGUGCCAGGUCCCUUUAGUUUUAACCCUGCAGAUGUGACAGCCACUAGAAGCCGCUUCCGCGAUUCUCACUGUGAAAAUCACAGUGAGAAGACGCUGACAUCCAUUGGAAAGCUAAGUGUUGGAGAAAGGUAAGUGGCUGAAGGGGGGCCAUGAGGGUGAAGGGGACCUAAGGACUACAUAGUGCCAGGAAAACUAGUUUCUUUUCCUGGCACUAUAGUGGUCCUUUAAUUAGCAGAUGCUGAUAGAACCUAAGCUCUCUGCAAAAUAUCUCCCUACUGUAUACAACGCAAAUAAAAUAAAAGCUGUGAGUCCUCUGCACAAACAGUGUAAACCCAAAGUGCUCCAGACGCCGCCCGUGUUACGCUUAACUCUAUCUCCUUCUUCAACCCCAGCUUUAAUGCAGAAGCCUUGGACAGGGCGCUGGUGAUAGGCUGAGGGUGUCAGCUGAUCCUUUCCGACUUUCAAUUGCCUCCCACUAGAUAAAAAGACUUUAAAAAUAUGUACAUUUUAACAAGUCAAUAAGUGUUUUUUCUCAUAAAAGUGAUGAUCAGACAGCGGGGAGGGUGCUCUUCUGACGCAUCUAAAUUGUGAAAAUAAAUUUCUAGUAUAUCAACUGUUGCUAUAGCUAAUAUCAUUCUUGGUGAUUGCUUAUUCUGUCUAUGGAUGAUUCAUAUAAAACUGAUGUUAAAUCUAGCAUUUUAGCUACAGAUUGCAUUCACACGAAUCGGAAGAGGCUUAUAAAAUUAUUUGCUGCCACCUUCUGGUAACUUUUCAAUAUGACUAAUUAGUUAUGUGAGUAUAGCCAAUAUCAGAAUUUCAUCUGAUUUGGAAGUGUCAAAGUGCCAAGUCCAAGUGCCGUCACAUGAAAACAAAAUAAAAGGAUCUUUAACCAAUCUAAUAAUUUUGUUUCUAAACCAAAUUAGGGAGUUAUCUACUAAACAACUGAAGGAUCAAGAAAUAGAAAGGUGAUUUUUUUUAAGGGUUACUCCAACCAUCAUGACCAAUUUAGUGACUGAGAAGCUAUUAAAGUACAAUGGGGGACCUGGCAAAAGGCAUCGGGUGAAGGAUCUAAAUUAAAUUAUGGGAGGUAGGUGGGACUACUAAUAAAAUGUAGAAUGGGGAGUGAACAUUCUAUGCACCCCUAGAUUCUGACUCAAAUAAAAAAAAUCCUGAUAAUAGUAAGGGGGUCAAUAAAUCUAAUCCCUGCUAAAUACAAAUGUAUACUAGGCAUCAGACAUCUUCUUUAUUCUUAAAUCUCAUUUUUCAGUCAUAUUGAUCCUUCCAUACCUCUUUUUUAAACUAUUUGCCUGCAGGUCAACAUGAUCAGCUGAAAUUAAAUCAACGCUCUAAUUAGCACGUAACAAACACAGUAUUCAGCGUUUUUAGCAGUGUGAAAAUAUUUUUCCAUCAAAGUGAAAACGAUCCUCUAUUAAAAACAUUAGAAAAGAAUAAGCUAAAGAAAGCUCUGCUUGUUCAUGGUUUUAGAUACUCUUUUCAAACUCUCCAUUGGUAGGACUUCUUUGAACGAGUGCAUUAUGGUGCUUGGAGUGUCCCCUUAUAUACACUAAGCACCAUCUCCAAAUAGUUGAAAAGGUUAAUUACUAUUUUAUUUUUUUUAAUUACUACUGACAAGGAAUGGUAAGAUUAGCUGCUAGAGAAAGUUGAAUUUGUUUUCAAGUAAGUUAGAAUGUUACUUUAAUAAUUGAAAAAUCUCUAUUUUUAUAAAUGUAAUCUGGAAUUCAAAAACCAUUCUAGUGUUUAACAUCUAUAAAACAGGUGGAAAAUAUAUUGGCAUCUUCAGUUCAAAACGCCAAGCAACUAUGGGAAGAAAACGAAGAUCGUAUAACUGCAAGAGGGAUUUUCAAUCCAUACUUUUGUGGCAACCAUCCUAUAUAUCAGGUAAUCAGAAGUUUGUAUUUAUGUGGUUUUCUGAACAGAAAGGCAAAUUAGAAGCCUUUCUUUUAUAACGCAACAUUUUGUGUCAUCUGCAAUCAUGUCUCAGUCGUGAAGAAAAAUCUUUUUCUAUUCCAAAGGUUAAUUUUUAUAUUGACUUGAAUAGAGAUUGCAAUUGUUUUAUUAUGAGCAAAACUUGAUUCACCGUGAGACAUUUUUAUCAAAUAGAUAAGUAGGACAUUUUGAUUGGGCUUAUGAAAAGGCCUUUGCUCAAAAUAAAAUGUAAUUACUAAAAAAAAAAAAAAAAAGGUAAAAAAAUGCAUUGGUAAAAAAUUGAGUAUUGUGUAUUUUUUACUAUAAACAACUUGAGUCUAAAAAUAAAAACACUGGUAAAAAAAAACUGAGAAAAAAUAAUAUAGAUUAUUUGUAUUCCUGUUAAUAUUCAGUUUAAAGGAAUACUGAAUGCACCAUAACUACUACAGACCUCUGUAGGGGCUAUGGUGACAGAAGUGCACUAACACCCCCUCCCAUUGUAAGCGAGCUGUAGUUGUUAUGGUUCUUGGAGUAUUUUAAACACCAAUCACAAGGGAUGAGCAGCCAGCAAGCAAAUAGCUAAAAUAAAUAAAUAAACUCAAACAAUUUUCCCUUGGGCUCCCACUGAACCAGAGAAAACCCUGCAAUGUGGUCCCUCCUAUUUCCUCACAUCGUAGGCAGCGUUAUGAAAGUUAAUAUUAGAGUUGGUGGGCAACAUUCCCCCACCCUUUGUGUAGUGAGCUGUGUGAUGAAAAAAUUAUUAAAAAGGUCCAGGUGGCCCACUCAACCUGAGGAAUUUUUGAAGUAUACAAUGUAAUUUGAGGGAAAAUCAGGCUGAUUUUAAUCAAUUUGAAGGCAUUGUGGUGAAUUUCAGAGGACAGAAAAUCUAGUUUGUCCUACUACUUCGUCCUACUAAUAUUCCGAAAUAUUCUCAAAUUUUACCAAAUGAUUUGUUAAAUUGGUCAGUAAUUGAAACGCAAUUUAGAUCUUAGGAAAUGCAAAACUUUCCGAACGAUUUGCAGACUAAUUUCUAAACUGCACAGGAGAAGUGGGAAAAAAAAUAUAUAUAAGAUAUAAAUAUAGAUUUUUUGUUUUUUCCCUCUAUUGGUUACUUUUUUUUCAGCUGGACCAAAUGGUGAGAAAACGCUCCUAUCAUUUUGCUGCCAAAUAAAUACAUAAUAUAAUAUUAUGUAUAUAUUUUGCAGCUUACUGAUUGGCUUAUUUUCACUCUUUUUUGUGUGUUCUUCAGUCCCAGUUCCUAAUUGGAUAUUCAGCAGAACGAAACGACAUCCAACUGUAUUUUGUGUAUCCUGAAAAAUGUUCUAUCUUCUGAAAAAGUUUUUCUGCAGAACCAAAAUUCUUGCUGUGCACAAGUCUUGUGAAUGCUGCAAUGACUAUACCUUGAAUUAAAUUUGGGCAACAUUUGACAUUUUUUAACACUAAAUUGCUCAAAAACUAAAUUAGCCAGUUUGAGAUUAAUUUUUAAAAUUACCACUGAAUUACUUCUAGUUAGUACUCAAAUUGUAAAGUCAAGGUAAAUUCAAGAAUAAUUUAAAACUAGAUGUCAAUGAAUGGUUAAUUUUUGAGAAAAAGCUUUGCAAAUAGUUUUUUCCUCUUCACUAUCACAAGUGAGAAGUUGAAUUCUUGCCCAGCAUUACGAUAUUCUAAACAAAUAAUGGCAUUAAACAUCUGCUAAAAGCAUGAAAACCUGAUUUGAUAAUUUGAGAUAACAAUUGUUUCAGGUGCGGUUGACCAAUAUUCUCUUUCACAAUUCCGAAAACCACAAGAGUGAGAUCUUUGUAUUUCUUCAAGUUGAAAUAAGGAGAUUAGUUUCAAAGUUUCGAGUAAGUACUCCGAGUUAAAUGAAUGCAGUAAAAUGAAGAAUACAUCACGAAGUAUAGUGUUUAUCAAAUACGCUAUAAAUUUAAACAUAUUUAAAGAGUUACCAGACUGUUGUCAUUUGUUACUAUUCAAAUAAUUAAAUGAGUAGCCAUAUGAGCGGUGUUCAAUAUUGAUUAAAUAAUUGCUGUGAUAUACAAAACAUGUAUUAGUUUCUACAAAUGACAAUAUAUAUGCAUUUAUCACACAUUUUUUUUUUUUAUUUCUUUAUUCUGGUAAGUCAGAUACAUACUAGAGUUAUGUAGUCACAGAAGCUUAUAUAUAUACAUAUAUAUACAUAUAAACAGAAACAGAAAUUUAAAUACAUGGGUAAAGCAUAGGCAUCACAUGGAGAUACAGCGUGUUAUUAUCACACACAUUUUAUAUUCUAUGUGCUCACUGCAUCCUCACUUACUAUUUUGCCUGUGGCAUACCCGCCACCUUCCUCUAUAAUGACAGACAUUUUACAUGACAGAGACAUUAUAUUUAAUAAAAGACUGCAGGAUUUAAAUCAUAGUUUUUAUUUUUUGUGCAUUGUGUUUUGUUUCAAAAGUGUGCAUUAUUCAAACAGACUUAAAUAAAUUUGGAUAGAAAGAUAGACUGGUAAUACUGGAAACAGUCCCUGUCUAAACUAACAUACACAAAGAUCAGGGCUGGUGCAAGGAUUCCUGCCGCCCUAGGCAAAGGUCCAUUUUGUUGUCCUCUCAUGAAUGCAACUACAUUCUUUCAAAGGUUUAUUCACAAAACUCAAUUGCAGUGAAUUGGAAACCGAAUUGUAAAGUGUAAGCAAAAACAGCUGAUCUGUGACAGUAGCUGAGUUGUAGAAUUCUUCUAAAUCAGCUAUUUUGGAAUGCCUGUAUGUGACACAACCUUCCUAAACACUUCCUGUAAAGAGUUAUCUAAUCUUUACACUUCCUUUAAAGCAAAUUCUGUUUAUUUUGGUAUUUAUUAUCCCCUGCUAUAUCACAGUGUUAAUUUUGUUGACUAACAAUUUUAGUAAAAUUUUAGUCGACUAAAACUUUUUGGAUUUAGUCGACUAAAACUAGACUAAAACAAUUCAGAUGACUAAAAUACAAGUAAAACUAAAAUUACUUUUUAGUCAAAAGACCAUGACUAAAACUAGAUAGAAAUUUUCUGCCAAAAUUAACAAAAUAGGCUUGGGAGAACGAUACCUAGGGUUUGGGAGAAAGACACCUAGAGAGCCUGGGAGGACACAAAGAGACACAGAGGGGCUGGGGAAGGGGCAAAGAGAAGGGGAAAGAAACACCUAGGGUUUGGGAGAGAGACACCUAGAAGGGCUGGGAGGACACAAAGAGACACAGACAGGCUGGGGAAGGGGAAAAAGAGACAGAGGCCUUAACCUAACCCAUUAGAUUGUAGUCGUGUCGACUAAAAUCUACUGGAGAUUUAGUCAACAAAAUCUACGGAAGACUUAGUCGACUAAAUCUAGACUAAAACCAAAACUUUUCAGAUGACUAAAACUAAAAAGGCUUUUUAGUCAAAAGACGAGGACUUAAACUAAAUUGAAAUUAGCCGCCAAAAUUAACACUGCUGUAUUAAUAGCAUGAUAGUCCCUCCAGGACCUUUCUGUAUGUAAUUAAAGUCCAAUUUUGAGAGCAGGAGAUAAAAACCUUUAAAGGCAUGACCUGAGGCAUGAUCUUUACACCCAAACUGCUUCAUUAAGCUAAAGUCAUUUUGGUGACUAUUUAUUUAUUUUAUUUAUUAAAUAUUUUACCAGGAAAGAUACAUUGAGAUUUCUCUCAUUUUCAAGGUCCUGGGUCCACAAAUCAUUGCAUUGUUACAUUAUGGUACAAUAAAAUACCAAAACAAUAUUAAUACACAAUAAAUACAAACUUUAACAUGUAGGACAUAUAUAAUCAACCAUGACAGGUGCAUUCUGUUUUGAAAUAUGUAGAGAGGGAUCUCUUAAAGGACUUUAGGCUUAGGGAAGAUUUUAAAUUGUGCGGGAGGUCGUUCCACAAUUGCGGUGCUCUAUAGGAGAAGGAGGAUCGGGCAGCUUUCUUUUUGUAUUGAGGUAGACUAAGUAAAGUGUUGGUACUGGAUCAGAGCUUUUAGGAAGUGGGAACAGCUGGGGAAAGCAUUUUGUUCAGGUAGGGUGGGAGUUUCCCAGAAAAGCUCUUAAAGGACCACUAUAGUGCCAGGAAAACACUAAUUUUCCUGGCACUAUAGUGCCCUGGGGGUGCCCCGACCCUCAGGGACCCCCUCCCGCCCGGCUCUGGGGAGAGGAAAGGGUUAAAACUUACCUUUUUUCCAGCGCCGGGCGGGGAGCUCUCCUCCUCCUCUCCACCUCCUUUCCUCCCUUUCGGCUGAAUGCGCACACGCUUGCGUCUUCUCACUGUGAUUUUCACAGUGAGAAGCACGCAAGCGCCUCUAGCGGCUGUCAAUGAGACAGCCACUAGAGGAUUUGGAGGCUGGAUUAACCCAUUUCUAAACAUAGCAGUUUCUCUGAAACUGCUAUGUUUAUAAAAAAAAAAAGGUUAAUCCUAGAGCGACCUGGCACCCAGACCACUUCAUUAAGCUGAAGUGGUCUGGGUGCCUAGAGUGGUCCUUUAAACACAAGGCUGGAAAGAUGAAGGGUGUGUCUGGAUUCCAGUGACAGCCAGUUUAGUUCUCUUAGCAUGUCACAAUCGUGAGUCCUGUAAUUACAUUGUAGCGCAAAUCGUCAGGACAAGUUAUACAAUGUGUUGAGUUUAUUAAUGUGGGAUUGCGAUGCAAAUGCUUACACUACAUCUCCAUAAUCAAUGAGUGGCAUCAGCAUUUGCUGUACAAUCCUUUCCUUUACUGUAGGACUUAGGCAGGAUUUGUUUCUGUACAGGGAACCUAGUUUUGGAUAUAGUUUAGAUGCAAGUUAUUCUAUGUGCAGGCCAAAAGAUAGAUUGGGGUCUAAUAUCAUACCCAAGUAUUUGAAAGAGUGGACUGCGGUCAGUGUGCCAUUUGAAUUUGUUAUGAUGGAUAGGUGGGAAUUGUGUAAUUUGUGUAAUUUAGGUACUGUUCCAAAGAUCAUUGUGACAGUUUUGUCAGUGUUCAGGAAGAGUUUGUUUUUUGCGAUCCACUUUUCUACCUCUGUAAACUGGUCUUGGAGCACAGCCUCAAGCUGCGGUAGAUUGGAUUUGCUUGCAUAGCUUACUGUCGUCUGCGUACAUGUGUAUAUUUGAGGAUUUGCAGACAUUAGGCAGAUCAUUUAUAAAUAAUGUAAAUAGUAGGGAGCCGAGAAUGGAACCUUGGGGUACACCCCACGUGACUGGGAGAGGGAGAGAGUCGCUGUCAGAAAUGGUUUAAAGGGACGAUAGUGUCUCUUUAAGCUUUAUGUGACUGUAAAAGGGUCUUGAGGAAUUUUUUUUUGAUAUUUUUUAAUUCAAGUAAGUGUUACUUUGUGUGGUCUGUCCUUUGUUGUAUUUGUUUCCUUAUUUAAGUGAUAGUGUGCAACCUUUGUGCUAUACCCUUGCUGCAUUGGUGUCUUUGUUCACCAUUUUGUUCCUUAUGCAUUACUGACUUAUUUUGUGAAAUUUGUUUUACUAUAAAAUGAUCUGUUUCAGAGAAUGUUAAUUCCUUUUCUUCCUUUUUUUUUUUUUAACCCUUUCAAACACUAACCAUAAUAAAGACAGAUAAAGUUGGUGGGUAGUGGUUUAGCACAUGUGUGCUUUAAAAUACAUAUAUAUGAUGUUAUAAACUAAAUUAUUUAUAUAAAUGUGCCUACAUCAAUGUGUCAAUGAAAAUGUAUAUUUUUUGCAGAAACAUGUUUUUGAACUGUUCACUAAACAAAUGAAUGAUCUGUAUUCCUCAAAUGGACUUGGAAAUGUCGACUGGUCGGGUUUUGUUAAACAGAUCAUAAAAGAUCCACUGACUGAGGCUUUGAACUGGUACAUUUUGCUGAAUGUAUUAUAUUCUGUUCUAUCUAACACAUGGGUCUGUUCACUAAAUCAGUGAUUGUGGAAUAAGUGAAAAAAAUAUAUUGCUGAAUUGGAAACUCAUUUAUUCUUCUAGUUCUCCUACUUAUACAGUUUAUAGCAUACAGUUUGCAAUUUUGUUGUCAAUUCACCAUACAGUCAGCACGAUUCAGAGUCUGUAAAAAGCACAGAAUUGUCAUGAAUGUGGUGAAGAGUUAUAUAAACUUUAAAAUUAAUGGAAAGUCAUCAUAUACUUCACAUAUAACUCUGGGUUUAAUUUCUUAAGGGAUAUAUUUUUAGUUUGUUCCUCGACCAUGAAAAACCUGUGAAGGCGUGUAUCUGUGACUCUUUAUAAAACAAAUGCUGUCGCUAUGCAUUGUGUGACGUGGUUGUUAUUGUGUACAGGCUAGGUACACUUGAUGUGCCACUCUACAUAUAGAUUAGAAACCUCUACUUGCUCUGUGGUAGUAGUUUUGGUAGGUUGCCCAGCAACCGCCACCUUUUUAUAUGAUCAUGUCUCUUACUGUCCUGAAAAUGCUUCAUGUGGAUAUAUUUCUUUACUUUAAAAAAAUUAUGCAUUAUGUGUUUAAUUUUAUUAUUAAUUAUUAUUAUAUAAUAAAAAAUAACAUAAUGAAGCCCACCCAAAAGGCUGAUAGUAUAACAUUCUAGAUUUAGAGGUGUUGGAGCAAAUCAAGGGACAGUAAUGAUAGGGGGUAACCCAGAUAUAAGUGAAAAGCAGAGAGCGACAGUACUGUCCAAUGGCCAAUAGUCACUAUAGUCACUAUUGGCCAUUGGAUAGUACUGUCUCUCUCUGCUUUUCAAGUAUAACAUUCUAGUAAAUGUAGAAAUUACAGGUUAUAUUGUGAGAAUGUUCUUAUUUGUUUUACUGUACUGUAGCUACCACACAUUAUAGUAAAGUAAAAAUAAAGUUGCACUUUUACUUUUAACAGGUAUAUCGGCAAACAUAAGAUGCCCAUCAAUAAACGCAUAGUUAGUAAAUAUUUUGAAGAAAGUAAAAAAUUAAGUUUGAAGAAGAAAUUGCUAAUACCUGCCUAUAACAUUGAGGACUUGGAUGAAGCAAAGUCAAAGGUAUCUUUCAAAUCAUCUCGCUGCUUACUGCUAACUUGUUGUUUUGCCAGAUGGACAGCUGUCUACCCACAAAGACACUAAUAAAAAAAAUAUCCCACUGUUAAAAGGUUUUUUGACUGGUUAUAUAAAAUGCAUUGGUUGGACAUGUAUUCUGCAGGGGCCAGCACACUUGAAAUAUACUGCCCAGCUACUCUGCUCUGUAGAAGUCUCGCAACGCUCUGACGAUCGCGUCGCUCGUGAGACUUCGACAGAGCAGAGUAGCUGGGCAGUAUAUUUCAAGUGUGCUGGGCUCCUGCAGGAUACAGGUAGCGGGGGGCCUGCAGUGCACACAUAUAUAAUGUCAAUCGCUAUAUAUGUGUGCACAUAGCUAAUGUGGGGCCCAGGACAACCUGAGCAGUCCGGGCCCCCCCAGGACCGCCGGGACCAUGACAACCGUUAUGGUUGUCAUGCCCUGAUGGCGGCCCUGUACAUGUUUGGUUGUUUGGCUUUAGUUCACUUGGUUAUAUGAUUGUGUCACACACUUUUUUUACUUGCAUGCAUGAAUCUGCUGGUAUUCACAUAACCCUCAGAACUUAAGCUAAAAGCAAGAGCAGAUGCAUCUACACACAUUCCUGCUCUUGCCCUUCCAGUAAAAUAAAAACAAAUAGAUUUUGGGAUAAAUGUAUUUUAUUUUUUAUGUAAAAACAAACAAAAACAUCCAACCCAUUUAAAACUAUAUUUUAGUUUUGAUAGACAGUGACUUCCAAAUCACUUUUUAUUUUUACUUUCAAAAAACAACUUCCACAGCUGUAGGCAAAAUCUCCUUUUUUCAUGUCAUAAUGGAUGACCCUUAUCCAGCUUUGACCAAGUUCCAAUGGAGCUCUUUGCAUUAGCCUUGUGUAUAUUUGAAUAACUCCAUUAUAUCCUUUGUUCAGGAUUUAAGAUUGGGUCUAAUUAAUAUUUUAUAAACAGACAAAAUUAGCUGUCUUUGCAUUUUAUAGAUAGCAAUCACUCAUCAUUAAUUUCAAUAGGACUAUAAUUAGAAUGUGUUUUCAUAAUUAAUGCAUAAUCCCAUCUGUUGUUUGCUUUCACAGACCCUUAGUUUGACCAAAUGCAUGUAUGUAUGUAGAAAAGUAACAUUCUGUUUAUACUUUUAUGUUUUGUCUAAUGUUCUGUCCAAUAUUGUAUCUAGGCUUUCAAUAUAUCCUGAAAGAUCAUAAAUUAAGAAAGUAAAAAAUAUUCCCCCUUUUUAGUUUUGCACAUGUAUGAAAAUAACUUUUACAUUUUUUUAUUUAGGCAAAACAAAACAUUCAGCAGGCCGUGAUGAAUGUAAAAGGAGAUUUCAUUAACAGUAUGUUGCAGCUUCAUGAGAUUAGGUAAAUCAGUUUUUAAUGUUAACAAUAUGUUGUGAAAAUAGGAAAAGUGGUAAACCGUGCCAAAAGAAUUUCAAUUGAUCAUAUCAUACAUACAUACAUACAUAUAGAUCUCGGGUAGUACAGCAUGAAAAAAACCUCAAAAAAGAUAAAAAUAAUAAAAUAAUAGUGCAGUAUGUUUAAAUAUUAAAUAAUGUAAUCUAAAACAGACUUAGUUGUAGAUAAAAGGCAAACUCACACUCUGCAGAGCUACUAAGAGCUCUGCUGUAUAGCGCCUGGAUGGUACAAUCCCCGUCUUAGGAUCUGUAGAUGGUAGGGUGUCCAAAACUCAGCAACCAUAUAUAUGGGAGAGAGAAAAACAGAAUACACAAACCAAUGGUACAGUAUUAAAAACCAAAUGUUAAAAAAGAAAAUGUAGGUAUCCUACUUACAGUAUCCAGAGCCAUUACUUGCUCUGGUGAUGAUAGCUUGUGGUGGUAUGAUCCACACCAAAGGAUAUAUGGAUGUAUCAGGAAAACCAGCAGCACCAGAAAGCCAGAGGAUUGGAUAAAAAAAGCUUCACUUUAUUUUACAAAAAAAAAUAUAUAAAAAUAUAUUAAAACAUAUAAGGUAGCUUCCAGUCCUUCCCUUGACGCUUUGGGCUUUAUCAAAAGGGUUUGGGCUUUAUCAAAAGUGUGGGUGUCCUUGGCAUUCCGCCCGGUUUAUAUAGGGGGUAUUAAUUCAUAGAUGUCAAUCAGAUGUGGUGCUGUUCUUCCUGUUUCCUGUUGGUCGCGGGCGUCGACCGGAAAUGACGCGCUGCGGCCACUGAUGCAUGAUGGGUGAUGUACUUCAUAUGUAUGUCCGCAGUAAUAAUAGUACCAAAUCGCGGCCGCCAACCGGAAACUGGAAGUGACCAUAUUCGGAUACAAAUUGAAAAGGCAUAGAUAUAAUGAAAUCCAUGGAUUUCAUUAUAUCUAUGUCUUUUCAAUUUGUAUCCGAAUAUGGUUGCUCCAAGUGACUACAGGUCCCAGCAACCAUUGCUGUUCACGGCACGUCACUUCCGGCUUCCGGUUGGCGGCCGCGAUUUGGUACUAUUAUUACUGCGGACAUACAUAUGAACUACAUCUCCCAUCAUGCAUCAGUGGUCGCGGCGCAUCAUUUCCGGUUGACGUCCUUUGGUGGGGAUCAUACCACCACAAGCUAUCAUCACCAGAGCAAGUUAUUGCUCUGGAUACUGUAAGUAGGAUACCUACAUUUUCUUUUUUAACGUUUGGUUUUUAAUACUACACCAUUGGUUUGUGUAUUCUGUUUUUCUCUCUCCCAUAUAUAUGGUUGCUGAUGUUUGGACACCCUACCAUCUACAGAUCCUAAGACGGGGAUUGUACCAUCAAGGCGCUAUACAGCAGAGCUCUUAGUAGCUCUGCAGAGUGUGAGUUUGCCUUUUAUCUACAACCAAGUCUGUUUUAGAUUACAUUAUUUAAUAUUUAAACAUACUGCACUAUUAUUGUAUUAUUUUUAUCUUUUUUGAGGGGUUUUUCAUGCUGUACUACCCGAGAUCUAUAUGUAUGUAUGUAUGUAUGAUAUGAUCAACUGAAAUUCUUUUGGCGCGGUUUACCACUUUUCCUAUUUUCACAUUUCUGUUUAUCAUAUAGCAGGCAUUGGGAAGUCCUGCUGGUUCACUGCUGCCUUAUACACUUUUUGGUUUUUUAGUGAGCGCCUAAAACUCUUGUUUUUCACUAACAAUAUGUUGUGCCCAUAUUAAAUGUAGUUAGUUAGUUAUGUGUUUCUUACAAACCCAACAGAGAUCUGGGCCGUGAACUGAACGUUGGAAGGAAAUAACAGGAUUGUGUGGUCCUCUUUUUUAUUUUUUUAUUAUUUCUAUUUAUUUGUACUACUAUCACCAGAAAAACCUAUUCCUCAUUGGCCACCAGACAUGCAGCUGCGAUGCUGUGGAAUUUCAAUGACUCCACGUGGGGCAUAUAUUCCAUAUGCAUCAAAUAAACACAUUACACAAAUUGGCAUUAACUUAUAAAUACCCAAAGUUCAAAAUAUCAAGUUCUACAUUACUAAUCAGGUUUACUUACCAUUGGAAAUAUCCUUCUACUACUUUAUUUAGAAGGCCUUAUCCUAUCAUGGGCCCAAAUCUAUCUGUCCAUCUAUUCUAGGAGUUCCACACUAUUGGUGUGACUGUGAAUGUGUAACAGAGCUCCACUGCAAUAAAACUCCCAGUAAUGCAUCCUUAAACUCCUAUAAAUGUGUUUAGAAAUUAGUCCAUGUAUUUAAGAUACAGUGUUCAAAAUGUCAUUUUAGUUUCAUAAAUUGUUAUUAGUAAUUCACUCUAAAAUUUAUUAGAACAUCUCUCACCACUUACACCCUUAAAAUUAAAGUGUUUCUUUGUCCAUUUAAUAUUUUGGGAGGUAUUUCUCAAUAACUCAUAUAGCAUCAGUACCAUGUUUACAUCACGAGUGCAACCAAAACUGUUAUUAUAAAAUGGAUAAUCCGUGUGCGUGGUCAUAAUUUGUAAGCUGGUGUCUAAUACAGGUGUUGCAACAAAGCAACAUUAUUUGUGAGAGAAGUAGUAAUAGGAACUGAGGCUAUAAAGGGACAAGGUUACUCAUUGCAAGCCAAGCAACUGUAUAAUCGAGCCAUUAGACAAGGCAAGAGCAAGAGCAAGGUUUAAAUAGGCAAUAUCUGAUUAAAACAGCCUGAGACAAUUAAGUAUUUAAUCAUAACAUACAGUCAUGGGCAAAAGAAAGUACACCCUCUUUGAAUUCUAUGUUUUUACAAACCAGCACAUAAUAGCAAUCAUAUGUUCCUUAGCAGGUCUUAAAAUUAUUUAAGUACAACCUUAGAUGAACAACAACACAUGACCUAUUAUUCCAUGUCGUGAAUUAUUUAGCCAAAAUGGAGAAGCCAUAUAUGAAAAAUUAAGUACACCUUGUGAUUCAAUAGCUCGUAGAACCACCUUUAGCAGCAAAACUUGAAGUAAUCAUUUUCUGUAUGACCUUAUCAGUCUCUCACAUUGUUGUGGAGGAAUUUUGGCCCACUCUUCUUUACAAUGUUGCUCCAGUUCAUUGAGGUUUGCUGACAUUUUCUUUAUGCACCGCUUUCUUAAGAUCCCACCACAGGAUUUCAAUCUGGACUUUGAAUGGGCCUUGGCAAGACCUUGAUUCUUUUCUUAAUCAGCCAUUCUGUUGUAUAUUUGCUGGUGUGUUUGGGAUCAUUGUGCUGUUGCAUGACCCAAUUUCAGCCAAGCAUUAGCUGUUGGACAGAUGGCCUCACAUUUGACUCUAGAUUACUUUGGUAUACAGAGGAUUUCAUGGUGGACUCAAUGACUGCAAGGUUCCCUGGUCCUGUGGCUGCAAAACAAGACCAAAUCAUUACCCCAUCAUCCCAGUGGUUGACAGUUGGUAUAAGGUGCUUAUGCUGAUAUGCUGUAUUUGGUUUUUGACAAAUGUUGCUCUGUGUACUAUGGCCAAAUAUCCCCACUUUUGUCUAGUCUGUCCGAAGGACCUUGUUUCAGAAAUGUUGUGGUUUGUUCAUAUGAGAGUUCUUUAUUUUGGCAACCCUUGCAAACAAACCAUACUUGCUCAGUAUUUUUCUAAUUGUACUGUCUUGCACUUUAACAAGAUAAAAGAGUUUGAGAUUUUACUCUUUUUUUUUUUUUGCAAUUUCUUGGAGCAUUGCACAAUCUGACCUUGGGGUGAAUUUGCUGGGACAUCCACUCCUGGGAAGAUUGGCAACCGUCUUGAAUGUUUUCCACUUUUGAAUAAUAUUUCUCACUGUAGAAUGAUGAGCUUUAAAUUGUUUGGAAAUGACCUUAUAACUCUUCCCAAUUUGAUGGGCAGCAACAAUUGUUUCUCUAAGAUCAUUGCUAAUGUCUCUCCUCCAUGGCAUUAUGUGAACACACACCUAAAUGAUCAAGACAAGCAAACUGCUGAAACUUUGGCUUUUAUAGAGGUGGUCACACUUGCUAAUGAUCAAUAAAUCAAGUGCAUUUGAUUAGCAGCACCUGACUGCUACUUAGACUGUUAAUUAAUAUGGAAGCAAUAAGGUUGUACUUAUUUUUUGAAACAUGGCUUCUCCAUUUUGAGUUUAUCUGAGUUCAGCUGAGUCUGUGUUUGUCUAAAUUUAAGACCUGCUAAAGAACAAAUUAUUGUUAUGUUCUGACAUGUAAAACCAUAGAAUUCAAAGAGGGUGUUACAUAACUCUAACUGAGAAAGGAAUAUGAGAUUAAAUUAACCCUUACUUGGGGCAUUUCUGACAUGUACUGAUAUGUUAAUAACCCCAUUUUAUUCCUAUAUAGCAAAGAAGUUGCAUUUCACAAGGACAGUAAACAAGUUAUAAUUAGUACCAUGGAAAGCAUAGGUGUACAAAAUGUUUUGACCAUUCCAUAUUGUUUAUCUGAGUAGUUGUUUAAUUAGAUAUAGAAAAAGUGAAACAGUGGAAUCAGGACAAGCCAAAUCCCACAGUUCAGGACAGGACCUAAUGGGUAUAAACGGGCAUGUACCCAAAUAAUUAAGAGAAAGAGAAAAAAUGCCUCAGGGAAAUCAAGAGGAAAAGAGGCAUAAAGCCCUUUCUCUCAGAGACAAUUCCAGAGAUAUACCCACAGGGAAUAAUGUUAACCCAUAAAAUCUAAAGUAAGUAGUAGAAAGAUAGGUAGAUAUGGUAUGAGGAAGUAAAUAAAAGAACAAUCUUUAUUAGAUUCUAUCUUGCUCGAGUCGUCUAGACUCCUUAACACCGAUAUCGAAAACUAGUAUUAAAUAAAACCAAAAAGUGUAAGUGAUUUAAAAGGAGGGAAAAGGGAAGGGAAGAAAUGAAGAGGGGCUAGCUCAUAUGGUAUAUCAAUUAAGUAAUAACGUUGAUACGCUGGUCGUAAUGGCUUAAGUAGUGAUGCACCGAACGGUUCGCUGGCGAACAUAGCGUGUUCGAGUCCGCCGCAGACGGCGAACACAUGCGCGGUUCGAAGUAAAUAAAAGAACAAUCUUUAUUAGAUUCUAUCUUGCUCGAGUCGUCUAGACUCCUUAACACCGAUAUCGAAAACUAGUAUUAAAUAAAACCAAAAAGUGUAAGUGAUUUAAAAGGAGGGAAAAGGGAAGGGAAGAAAUGAAGAGGGGCUAGCUCAUAUGGUAUAUCAAUUAAGUAAUAACGUUGAUACGCUGGUCGUAAUGGCUUAAGUAGUGAUGCACCGAACGGUUCGCUGGCGAACAUAGCGUGUUCGAGUCCGCCGCAGAUGGCGAACACAUGCGCGGUUCGAUCCGCCCCCUAUUCGUCAUCAUUGAGUAAACUUUGACCCUGUACCUCACAGUCAGCAGACACAUUCCAGACAAUUAGCAGCACAUCCUCCCUAGCAGACCCUCCCACCUACUGGACAGCAUCCAUUUUAGAUUCAUUCUCAAGCUGCAUGCUUAGUGAGAGGAGGGAAAGUGUAGCUUCUGUUGAUUAGAUAGGGAAAUGCAUAGCUAGGUUAGGGUAUACAGUGUCCAUUACAGUCCUGAAGGACUCAUCUGAUCUCUGCUGUAAGGACAGCACCCCAAAAAGCCCUUUUUAGGGCUAGAACAUCAGUCUGCUUUUUUUUUUUCUGUGUAAUGUAGUUGCAGUUAGUUGUCUUCCACUGCUGCCAGCUUCUGUGUCAGGCUCACAGUGGAUACUGUGCCCAGUGCCACCACUCACUCACUGGUGUCACAAUAGCUUGCAUUUAAAACCCAAAAACUUUUUUCACUGUUAUAGAUUGAAUAGCUGUUAGUUUUCUCAAAGCGGGUGUGUCAGGCUCACAGUGGAUACUGUGCCCAGUGCCACCACUCACUCACUGGUGUCACAAUAGCUUGCAUUUAAAAACAAAAAACUUUUUUCACUGUUAUAGAUUGAAUAGCAGUCAGUGUCCUUAAAGCGGGUGUGUCAGGCUCACAGUGGAUACUGUGCCCAUUUGGCCAGUGCCACGACUCAUAUCUGGUGUCACAAUAGCUUAAGCUUGACAUUUAAAAAGAAAAAAAAUUUUUUUUCACUGUAAUAGAUUGAAUAGCAGUUAGUUGUCUGCAAGCGUCUGGGUGUCAGGCCUCCUUCAGCGUGUGCUCUGCAGACCUCUGCCCGUGUACUUUGCCACUCAUAUCUGGUGUCUCUAUAGCGUGCUUUUACAAAGAAAAAAAGUUUUCAGUGUAAGCUAAUAGCAGUCAGUGUCCUUAAAGCGGGUGUCAGUCCUCCUUCAGCUUGUGCUCUGCAGACCUCUGCCCAUGUACUUUGCCACUCAUAUCUGGUGUCUCUAUAGUGUGCUUUUACAAAGAAAAAAAGUUUUUCAGUGUAAGCCAAUAGCAGUCCUUAAAGCGGGUGUCAGGCCUCCUUCAGCGUGUGCUCUGCAGACCUUUGCCCGUGUACUUUGCCACUCAUAUCUGGUGUCUCUACAGCGUGCUUUUACAAAGAAAAAAAGUUUUUCAGUGUAAGCUAAUAGCAGUCAGUGUCCUUAAAGCGGGUGUCAGGCCUCCUUCAGCGUGUGGUCUGCAGAACUCUGCCCGUGUACUUUGCCACUCAUAUCUGGUGUCUCUAUAGCGUGCUUUUACAAAGAAAAAAAGUUUUUCAGUGUAAGCUAAUAGCAGUCAGUGUCCUUAAAGCAGGUGUCAGGCCUUCAGCGUGUGCUCUGCAGACCUCUGCCAGUGUACUUUGCCACUCAUAUCUGGUGUCACAAUAGUGUGCAUUUAAAACCAAAAAACUUUUUUCACUGUUAUUGAGUGAAUAGCAGUUAGUUGUCUCAAAGCGGGUGUGUCAGCCCUACAGCGUGUACUCUGCCAGUUCACAGUUCCACUCAUAUCUGGUGUCACAAUAGCUUGCAUUUAAAAACAAAAAACAUUUUUCACUGUUAUAGAUUGAAUAGCAGUUAGUUGUCUGCCACUGCUGCCAGCUUCUGUGUCAGGCUCACAGUGAAUACUGUGCCCAGUGCCACCACUCACUGGUACCCGGACGAAAUUUCUUUUCACAAAAGGCAAUCCCCAACCUGUACUCGAUUGUGCAAAAGGAAAUAAUGGCAUGUCUGGCACACAGUGUUGGGGCAAAGGUCCAUCUGACCACUGAUACCUGGUCUGCAAAGCAUGGUCAGGGCAGGUAUAUAACCUACACUGCACAUUGGGCAAACCUGCUGACGGCUGCCAAGCAUGGAAUGCGUGGCUCUGCAGAGGAGUUGGUGACACCGCCAUGACUUGCAGGCAGGCCUGCUGCCACCUCCUCUACUCCUCCUACUCCAUCCUCUUCCAUAACCUCCUAGGCUGAGUCCUCUUCUGCUGCUGCGUCUUGCUCCACAUCAACGGAUAGGGGACGUAACAGGGAUUAAACUGAUAAAAAUAGUACUAAACACACCACUCCUAUCUGGUGGCACAUUAGAUUGCACGCGCAGUGCCCCAAAUUUGUUGUGAUCUGUGAGUAAGGUAAACGGUUGUCCAUACAAGUAAGGUUGCAGCUGUUUGAGGGCCCACACCACCACCAGGCACUCCUUUUCAUUGGGCAGUGUAUCUACUUCCCUGGGCAAAAGUUUCCGGCUUUGAUAAGCCCCGGGUUGCUCGCCGCCAUCUGCUCCCACUUGGCUCAGUACUGCUCCCAAUCCAAACAUAGAAGCGUCUGUAUGGACGAGAAAGCGUUUAGUUGGAUCAGGAGCAGAAAGUACAGGUGAUUUAAUGAGCGCCGUCUUGAGCUGUUGGAAGGGCUGUUCACACUCUGGGGCCCAUACUAAUAUCUUGGGGAGGUUUUUACGCGUUCCUAUAUGGCACUUACUGGGCUUUAGGGUCAGUCCGGCCUCCCUAAUCCGGUCUAGUAUGGCUCCUAUGUGGGUCAGGUGUUAGGGCCAGGAGCAGCUAAAAAUGGCUAUAUCAUCCAAGUAGGCGCAGGCAUACUCCUGAAACCCAUCCAGUAGCCGAUCUACCAUCCUCUGAAAGUUAGCCGGGACAUUCUUCAUCCCGAAUGGCAUGGCCUUAAACUAAUACAGGCCAAACGAGGUGACAAAUGCUGACUUGUGGAUGGCGUCCUCGGCUAAUGGAAUUUGCCAGUACCCCUUGCACAGAUCUAUUGUGGUGAGGUACUGGCCUCUGGCCAUUUUGUCUAGGAGCUCGUCUAUCCGGGGCAUAGGGUAGGCGUCUGAGGUUGUUUUAUCGUUUAGCCUCCGAUAGUCUACACAGAAAUGGGUCGUGCCGUCCCAUUGGGAACAAGUACUACCGGGGAGGCCCAGGGGCUGUCAGAGUGUUCUAUCACCCCUAAUUGCAUCUUUUCCUCAAUUUCUUUCUGAAUAUUUUCUUUAACUGCAUUGGGUAUGCGAUUGGCGGUUUGGCGAAGGGGGGUCUGGUCUAGGGUUUCAACUUUGUGAGUGGUUAACGGACUGUACCCAGGUAGGUUGGAAAACGUGGCCCCCUUGUCCUGGAUUAGUCUUUGGACCUGGGUUCGCUCCUGGGGGUCUAACCGUUCUCCUAACUACUUCUCCCAGGUCUCCGCUCUGGCCCUCUAGGUCUAUGAGAUCUGGGAGUGGCAAAUUAUCAUAAUCUUCAGUGGCAGGUGCACAGAUCGCGGUUACCUCUUCCGUGCGCUCAUGGUAUGGCUUGAGCAUCUUCACAUGGAGCAUGCGCUUGCCUCCCGUGCCUGUGACCGCACCGAUCACAAAGGUGGUAUCACAGACCUGCUACCACCUUGUAUGGGCCCUGCCAGGAAGCCUGCAGCUUGUCCUUGUGGACAGUGUCAAUCCAUAUCUGCCAAGUGACCCUAUGUAGGGGGAACAGUCUCUAUUCUGCUCUGUGUCAGUGUGUAUCAUGCUCUCUGAGGACAGGUGUCAAUCCAUAUCUGCCAAGUGACCCUAUGUAGGGGUAACAGUCCCUAUUCUGCUCUGUGUCAGUGUGUAUCAGGGACCCUUAGGACAGGUGUCAAUCCAUAUCCGCCAAGUGUAGGGGGAACAGUCCCUAUUCUGCUCUGUGUGAGGAGGAGGAAUGGGAAAUGAGUAGCUCGGCAUCCAACCUUGUGCAAAUGGGGUCUUUCACGCUGUCGUGCCUGUUGAGGGACCCUCGUAUAAAAAGGCUGAAGGAGAACGACUGUGCUGGGUGUCCACGCUACUAGACCCCCGGUAUAAGCAGACAGUGGCGGAAAUGUUACCGAAUUACAAGUCGGAAAGGAUGCAGCAUUUGCAAAAUAAAUUAAAAAGUAUGCUUUACACAGCGUAUAAGGGUGAUGUCACAGCACAACGGGAAUCUAACAGGGGAAGAGAUGAAAGUCAUCCUCCUCCUCCCACGACCACGCCAUAUCUGCCAAGUGACCCUAUGUAGGGGGAACAGUCUCUAUUCUGCUCUGUGUCAGUGUGUAUCAGGGGCUCUGAGGACAGGUGUCAAUCCAUAUCUGCCAAGUGACCCUAUGUAGGAGAACAGUCUCUAUUCUGCUCUGUGUCAGUGUGUAAUAUGGUCUCUGAGGACAGGUGACAAUCCAUAUCUGCCAAGUGACCCUAUGUAGGAGGAACAAUCCCUAUUCUGCUCUGUGUCAGUGUGUAUCAGGGAUCCUUAGGACAGGUGUCAAUCCACAUCUGCCAAGUGACCCGAUGUUGGGGUAACAUUCCCUAUUCUGAUCUGUGUCAGUGUGUAUCAGGGGCUCUGAGGACAGGUGUCAAUCCAUAUCUGCCAAGUGACCCUAUGUAGUGGGAACAGUCCCUAUUCUGCUUUGUGUCAGUGUGUAUCAGGGUUCCUUAGGACAGGUGUCAAUCCAUAUCUGCCAAGUGACCUAUGUAGGGGAAACAGUCUCUAUUCUGCUCUGUGUCAGUGUGUAUCAUGGUCUCUGAGGACAGGUGUCAAUCCAUAUCUGCCAAGUGACCCUAUGUAGGGGGGAACAGUCUCUAUUCUGCUCUGUGUCAGUGUGUAUCAUGGUCUUUGAGGACAGGUGUCAAUCCAUAUCUGCCAAGUGACCCUAUGUAGGAGGAACAGUCUCUAUUCUGCUCUGUGUCAGUGUGUAUCAGGGAUCCUUAGGAUAGGUGUCAAUACAUAUCUGCCAAGUGACCCUAUGUAGGGGGAACAGUCUCUAUUCUGCUCUCUGUCAGUGUGUAUCAUGGUCUCUGAGGACAGGUGUCAAUCCAUAUCUGCCAAGUGACCCUAUGUAGGAGGAACAGUCCCUAUUCUGCUCUGUGUCAGUGUGUAUCAGGGAUCCUUAGGAUAGGUGUCAAUACAUAUCUGCCAAGUGACCCUAUGUAGGGGGAACAGUCUCUAUUCUGCUCUGUGUCAGUGUGUAUCAUGGUCUCUGAGGACAGGUGUCAAUCCAUAUCUGCCAAGUGACCCUAUGUAGGGGGAACAGUCUCUAUUCUGCUCUGUGUCAGUGUGUAUCAUGGUCUCUGAGGACAGGUGUCAAUCCAUAUCUGCCAAGUGACCCUAUGUAGGGGAACAGUCUCUAUUCUGCUCUGUGUCAGUGUGUAUCAGGGACCCUUAGGACAGGUGUCAAUCCAUAUCUGCCAAGUGUAGGGGGAACAGUCCCUAUUCUGCUCUGUGUGAGGAGGAGGAACGGGAAAUGAGUAGCUCGGCAUACAACCUCGUGCAAAUGGGGUCUUUCAUUCUGUCGUGCCUGUUGAGGGACCCUCGUAUAAAAAGGCUGAAGGAGAACGACCUGUGCUGGAUGUCCACGCUACUAGACCCCCGGUAUAAGCAGACAGUGGCGGAAAUGUUACCGAAUUACAAGUCAGAAAGGAUUCAGCAUUUGCAAAAUAAAUUAAAAAGUAUGCUUUACACAGCGUAUAAGGGUGAUGUCACAGCACAACGGGAAUCUAACAGGGGAAGAGGUGAAAGUCAUCCUCCUCCUCCCACGACCACGCCAUAUCUGCCAAGUGACCCUAUGUAGGGGUAACAGUCCCUAUUCUGCUCUGUGUCAGUGUGUAUCAGGGGCUCUGAGGACAGGUGUCAAUCCAUAUCUGCCAAGUGACCCUAUGUAGGAGGAACAGUCCCUAUUCUGCUCUGUGUUAGUGUGUAUCAGGGAUCCUUAGGACAGGUGUAAUCCAUAUCUGCCAAGUGACCCUAUGUAGGGGGAACAGUCCCUAUUCUGCUCUGUGUCAGUGUGUAUCAUGGUCUCUGAGGACAGGUGUCAAUCCAUAUCUGCCAAGUGACCCUAUGUAGGGGGAACAGUCUCUAUUCUGCUCUGUGUCAGUGUGUAUCAGGGGCUUUGAGGACUGGUGUCAAUCCAUAUCUGCCAAGUGACCCUAUGUAGAGGGAACAGUCUCUAUUCUGCUCUGUGUCAGUGUGUAUCAGGGGCUUUGAGGACAGGUGUCAAUCCAUAUCUGCCAAGUGACCCUAUGUUGGGGGAACAGUCUCUAUUCUGCUCUUUGUCAGUGUGUAUCAGGGAUCCUUAGGAUAGGUAUCAAUCCAUAUCUGCCAAGUGACCCUAUGUAGGGGGAACAGUCCCUAUUCUGCUCUGUGUCCGUGUGCAUCAGGGGCUCUGAGGACAGGUGUCAAUCCAUAUGUCAAGGUGUCAAUAUGUCAUAUGUCAGGUGUCAAUCCAUAUUCAUUGUGAUUUCGGAAUGUUAGGUGAUUUCUGCCCUUUAUGGAUUAAAACCAGACUCUGCAUCAACUGUGUAAUUUUCCAUGGGAGUUUUGCCAUGGAUCCCCCUCCGGCAUGCCACAGUCCAGGUGUUAGUCCCUUUGAAACAAAUUUUCCAUCACUAUUGUGGCCAGAAAGAGUCCCUGUGUGUUUUACAAUUCGCCUGCCCAUUGAAGUCUAUGGCGGUUCGCCCGGUUCGCCGGUUCGCGAACAUUUGCGGAUGUUCGUGUUCGCCAUUCGCGAACCUAAAAUUUUGUGUUCGCGACAUCACUAGGCUUAAGUAGGAAUAGGUAUCUGUUAAAUGGUUUCUAAAGGCUAACAGUAAUGCACUUAAAGUCAAUAUUUCAAAGACGAUACAGCUUGUCCAAUGGAGCAAAACUAUUAAACUUUCCCUAGGGUAUCACAUGCCCUUUAACAUUGUGCUGUAAAGCUCCUGAGACAAGCCCUUGAUAAAUCUAUACAACCCUUAGCAAAAGAUAGUCUCAUUCCCUAAGGUAUAUGUUGCCCUUAAACAGAGUGCUGUAAAAUUCAUGGAAAAAGACUCUAGUCAUAGCUACACUAAAAAAAUCCCUAAGUGAGGUGACGGCAGGAACGAAAAUGAUAUUGGCUUGAAUGCCUAGUAACUAAAAGUCCCUGAUACAGUCGUUCAAAACCAUCAGAUGUAGACUAGACCACUUGUCUCUAAGAAUUCCCAUAACCUAGCUACAAAGCCAUAUCUGAAAAGAGCUGCCCCAAAGUUAAAAAAGAAAGCGUCAGAACUCGACGCGCGUUUCGGCGCUCUCAGGCGCCUUUGUCAAGAGUACAGACUGCCUGAUCGGCAACCCGCCUUUUAAAGGGAGGGAAGAGACACACCUCCAAUCUAUACGUCAUUAAGUAGUGACGUCAUCUGGACGGUGGCUCGUCGGGCUCAAUCCUCUAAAUAAAAACACGAUUGCCGUGCAAGUUAACCAGUAAAUAGAGAAUAGAAAUGUGUUCACUGUAUCCAGCAAUACUGAGGCCGUUGGGUGUGAUAUAUGCACAGAGAUGAAAAUGCAACAAUGUAUUUACUUAGCUAUGUAACAGUAGCAGUAUAAGUUUAGUUACUGGCCAGAUACUAUUAAGAGAUAUCAAAAUAAACACGUUGUUGCACCACUGUUUGAACUAAGUGAGCCCUAGAAGUCUAACCAGAACAGAAGAAGGGGGGAGCCCGAACCCCUGAUUAUGUUCAAUUAAAUUAGGAGUAAACUUAAUAUCCCUGUGGGGCUGUAAAUACAAGGUUAUAGUAUCCUAAUCAAUCGCAUCCUCAUUAAUAAAAUAAAAUAAAACAUGUAAGUGUAUAUAGAGAUGAAAUUUUAUCUAUUCUCAGAUAGAGAAAGGUAUUAGCACAGCAAAAGGUCUGUAUUAGAGUGUACACUAAUUUUGGAAAAUUCAAAAAAAUAAAUAAAUUGACAAAUAGUAAUCUUAUGAGUUAAGUCAAAACGUUGAGCUUGUCCCAUUGAUUAUAUGGGGCAAAAGGAUCUUACAGUUUUAAAUACAAGGGGACAGAAAUAAAUUAUGUAGUUAAUGUAAUGAGUUCCGGGGUCUUACAAGAAGGGCGAGAAGGAGAAUCCUUUAUUGAGUCCCCUAAAGUUCAAAGUUUUUAAUCUAUAAAUCCAAAAGGAUUCUCUUUGUCUUAAGAGUUUAGCAUAGUCACCCCUUCUAGCACUUUUUUUCACGAGCUCCAGACCACAGAAACGUAGUCCUUUAGGGUCACCAUUAUGGCAUUCCCUGAGGUGUCUAGAGAUGGGGGUAUCCAUUGGAUUUUUUGGAGAUCUUACAUGUUCCUGAAUCCGUUUGUUAAAGGGCCUAAAUGUCUUUCCGACGUAUUUUAGGUUACACUGACAGGUAAGUAGAUAUACCAAACCAUUAGUAUUGCAGUUAAAGAAAGACGUGAUCGUAAAUUCCUCCAGAUCCUCACUGUCUUUCACCUUUUUUGAAUCUUUUUUUAAUGUAUUUACAGGUGACACAUCUGCCACAUCCGAAACUACCCGUUACAGGACUCUGAAGCCAUGUAGUGGGUUGUUUCAGUUGCAAGUGGCUAGGGGACAGGAUAUCACGUAGGUUUCUCCCUCUCCGUGCUGUAAUAGUUGCGUUCGGGGUUAGUAUCUGUUUUAGAUGUUCAUCGCCUAUAAGUAAUGGCCAGAAACGUUGGAGGGAAUCUUUGACCUUACUCCAGCCUGCAUCAUAGGUACCUAUAAGGCGGAUGAUCUUUGAAUCCUUUUGCAAGGUAUUGUUAGAUUCAUCUAGCAAGGUACCACGAUCCGAUGCUAUUGCUCACUGGUAGGCUUUUUUGAGAUAUCUAUUAGGGUAUCCUUUUUCCCUGAAAUCUGUUCGGAGGAUUUUUGCUUUUUGAUUAAAUUACUCGAUAGCGGUGCAAUUACAUCUAGCCCUGAGGUAUUGGCCUAUAGGGAUACCUCUUCUGAGUGAUUUGAGAUGAAAACUAUCCCAUCUUAAAAGGUUAUUAGACGCUGAUUGUUUCUUAUAUAAUGUGGUUUGUAUCGUAUUCUGGUCUGAAAUAGAGAUCUUUAAAUCGAGGAAGUUAAGACUUUGUCCCCCAAACUCACACGUGAAUCUUAGGUUUUCGUCAUUGACAUUAAGGAUCUUAACAAACUCGAGAAAGUCUUCCUUGGUUCCUUGCCAAAUUAGUAGGACGUCGUCAAUAUGGCGACGCCAAAAGAAGAUGGAAGGGAGGUAUUUAGCAAUAUCUUUAGAUUGGAUAAGUUUUUCCUCCCACCAGCCUAGGUGGAGGUUAGCGUAAGAGGGGGCACAAGCCGUCCCCAUCGCAGGGCCCCUCACCUGGUGGUAGAAUUUGUUCUUAAAGAUGAAAAAAUUGUGAGUCAGUAUGAAUUUGAGAAGUUUUAAACAAAAGUUUGUAUGGGAAUUAUGUUGAUCACCUCUUUGUUCCAGAAAGUAUUUUGCAUGUUGGAUUCCAUUUUCAUGAGGAAUAGAAGAAUACAGUGCCUAAAUAUCCAGACUGCAUAGUUUAGCCGACAUGGGAAUUUUUAAUUUAGAGACAAGGGCAAGGGUUUGUUUUGUAUCUUUUAGAUAAGAGGGAAGGCCCUAGACAAAAGGUCGUAAAAUUUGGUCGAUAUAAAUACUCCCAUUUUGGGUCAUAUUCUCAAUGCCUGAAACAAUGGAUCGUCCUGGGGGAGUUUGAAGGUUCUUAUGGACCUUGGGCAGGCAGUAGAAGGUUGCUAUCGGGUGACGAUUGAAGAUAUAUUCGAACUCGUCACCCGAUAGCAACCCCUCACUGCGGCCUUGGUCCAAAAUCUCUUUAUAUUCUGUAAGGAAAGUGUCCGUGGGAUCGGACUUCAAGAUCUUAUAAGUUGUUGUAUCUUCUAGGACCUUCAUUACCAUCUCAGUGUAGUUAUUCAAAUCCAUAACUACAAAAUUGCCCCCUUUGUCUGCCGGUUUGAUGAUUAAUUCAUCAUUGUCUUUUAGGGAUUUCAAAGCUCUCUUUUCUUGUUUAGACAAAUUCAUAUUUGGAACAUAAUCUAGAGAUCUAAUAUUGAUUUUUUUCAAUUUCCUCUUUCAUUGUCUCUAGAAAUAAAUCAAUAUUCCUAUAGUUGCCUAAAUGUGGAGUAAACCGGCUCUUUGGUUUGAGGUCAGUGUAGAUGGGAGAAUUGACCUCAUAAUUUUCCUCCCAUAAUUCCAUCAGGGUUUAAUUAGACACUAUCACAUUUUUUUUAUAAUGCUGGUUGAAGAUUGCUGGUUGAAGAUUGCCCCCUAGCUUCUUCAAAGUGCUUCUCACUGGCAUCUUUCAAGUAUCAAGUAUAAAUUAUCACUCACAAUUACAAGAAAUUCAAUUCAAGCAGGUCUGCAAGAUAGGAUUCCUGCUUCCAGAUACCACAGUCAUUAAGAACUUUCCAAGGCUAGCUUUUAGGACAUAAUAGUGUUAUCGUGUAAGCAUGCAGAAGCCAAACACAGAGAUAUGGACACAAGUCUUCAGGAAGUAAGAGGCCUUUAUUCACAUUACCGAUGUUAACUGCAUAUCUCCUCCCAUACAGUAUAACCCCUCCUAUAUUCCUCAGACCAAUCAGUGAGCAGAAUAUAGACUUGUACAUCUAGUCAAACCACAUGGCUCAUCCAAGACAAAGGAAAUAAGUGCAAUUUCAGUUCCUGCAUUCCUGGACAUGCUCAGUACACUGAUGACAGUAUAGUAGCUACGUUGAGCUAACUAACUGACACAACAUACACAUAUGCCACAUGGAGAUUUUGGCCUACUAAAUUUUGACCAUGCUGGAAUCCCAUCACAAUAGCAAGAUAGCAAAAAUGAUUCAUGUAAUUUAUGUUUCUAGAUUGGCUAUUUUGUGUGACAACCUACCGGUUGGUUUGUUUGGAGAGGAACUCAGUUGCAGUGGAACGGCAACCCCUUUCAAACAUGACCUUCCCAGGUGCCUGAUAGUGAUACGGGAACCUGGGAGAUCUAUGAGUGCAUGGGUGCCUUUAUUUAAAGAUAAAGAAAAAAAUCCAGAAAGAUGCAGGAGAAAGCGGUUUAAGCCUGUCCAAUGGUCAAAGCCAAAGGUGAGAAGCAGAGAAGCAAACUGGGAACACAGACCUGGAUCAGGAACAUGGACUGGAAUCGGGAACACAGACUGGGAUCAGGAACAAGGACCAGAUUAAGAAGUCAAGAAUGCCAAGAGACUGGAAGCAAGCACCAGAACAACCAAGCACUGACUAAGUGCAGUGUUUGGUUAUUUAUAGGGAGAGGAGAUCAUGAGGCCAGACCCACCUCCUACUGUAGCUAGAGGCCUAGAAGCCAUAAAGGAGGAGCCAGGACCUGACACCAUGUUGUUUGCACCAAGGCUCCUCCCAACAGCUCCCUUAGCCCCACCCCCCGCUCCUUCCUGAGUGACACAACAUGCUGUGCAGGCAUGUUGUUCGCAUAACAGCCACUAUCUUGCCAUGGCUGUGUCAUCAUGAAGACCGGGUGCAGUAGACGAACACUUGACUUAAUCGCUGGGAGCUGCACCCCUUGUAGACCCGCUCCCAGGAUUCUGCGGGUGCACCAGAGUACAGAAGUGCAGAGCUCCGUGACAUUUUGGCCUUAAAUUUGCAAUAUUCUAGUGAGUUCCUGAAAAUUCAGACUCUGCUCUGCUAAUGUAUUAAAAUGUUGCAGGUUCACUCAUUUGGGCAAUUAAAUAAAACAUAUUUCCACUUAAACAGAGCUCAUAAGUUUUCUUUUGUCUACUAUAUCAGACUUUCAGCCCAUAUCUUAAACUACAUUUUUUUUUUUCUUACAUUAUUAUUUUCCAGAUGGAAAAGCUUUAAGAGUCAUUUGAAAACAAAGAAUGGUGUCCCAAAGCUUUGGCAAAUCUUACUUGGACGACUUAAACAAAUAGCCCACAAAACGCAAGCUCCUGCAGAGUCUGAGGAAUUAUGUGAACUCUUAAAACUGGUAAAUAGAAUUAUAUAAGCAUAUUAAAAAACAAAAUGCAUGUAUAUGAAGGGUUCACUAAACAUACUCAUCAAUAUUUUUUUUUUCCUGAACAGAUUAAUGCUAAUGUGAACUGAUUAUAAAUUGUGGUGUAAGGGGAAAAAAUACAGACCUGGAGCAGAACACAGAAGGAAAACAAAUGAUAUGGGAGAUAUGUGAACUUUUUUAAUGUGCCAUAUGCUGUCUUUCACAUUGAAGAAACAUUGUCUUUUAAUAAUGAAAUACAAAAAAAUAUUUUUCACAUUAUUUUGUCAUGCCAUAUUAACUGUCUGUCCUAUACUUGGGCAUACAGUAUUUUAAUACAAAAUUAUAAAAUAUACUGGACUGCUGUUUUCAUUUAUUGUAUCAUGUUU